AUGGGCGAGGCAGAAGCCGGUGAUGGAUUUAUCAGGAUGGUGAAAUCAGAGGCAAAAAAUAUUUAAUGCGAUCCUGAGCGUUUUCUUCUGUGCUGUACAGGGUCAAUCUCGGCCCAGAGCAACGCGCCUUCCUUCCCCCCAUUCAAAGGUCUCGCCUCCUCCGUAGCAGUAGCCAACCAUGGCCCUGGUAACCCUACAGCGCUCUCCCACCCCGAGCGCAGCAUCCACCGCCAGCACCGCCACCACCAACGCGGGGGAGGUAAGUGAAACUGCGGGAGUUGUUCCGUACUUAGGCAUCGCGGUGGAGGAAACGCCGGGGAUGCGUCCGAUGCUCACGUCCCUCAUCCACUAGGCCCAACAUUGCAGAGUACGCUUUCAGUUGUCAAUAUAAUAUUUUGCAAUUUAGUGACAUCUUUUAUUUAACACGGCAAGACUGUUUUGUAUGGACAUAAUUUAAUAGACUUUAUGGAAUCCAUCUGUUUAGAAUGGUGAAAUAGUCCAGCCCCGCGUUAUUAGCUUCUAAACAAAAUCUGAGCCGGGGAUUAGUUACCAGAACAAUGCAUUAAUUGCAUGUGGCAGCAUUUUAUUUCUGCCUUCAGUUUGUGUGGUUUAAAGACAAAUAGGCGUUUAUACAGCUAGGUACUUUAAUUAAAGCAUUAUCUCAGGACUUUGCAUAUAUUUUUAAGUAAUGACAUUUGUUUAAAUUCCUUGCUUCAGUUUGCAUAUGGAAUAUACUAUAGAGUGAGAUUCAUCAGAAUUGUGCAGCUACCUGCCUAGUGAUGUGCGCCAUGACAUCAUUAGCGAGUCAGGGAUGUUGCGGUUGGUACCCGCUCCUUUCAAGGGUUUAAAUCACUGUCAAAAUACUGCCGUGGCAGGUGUGAGUUUUAUAUUUAAAAACAUAUGAGAUCAUAGAUAGUGACAUGGUAUGGCCAGUAGAGAGCACUGAUACACUGUAUACAAUGCAAGUGUAUUGCACGUUUAAAACCUAAUGUAAAGCAUCUCCUUCUUCAUGUCCCAUAAGUUCAGUUUAAACAUACUGUGGUUCAUCACUCUGAUUUUGCUAAUAAAGCAUAUUAUGCAUUUGUUUAGACCAUGACUUUCAAAAGCGAAUGAAUCCAUCAUUGCUUGAAUUCCUGUCGAAGCAGGCAGUUGCGCACAAACACACACAUGGCUGACUGCUGCAGAAAUGAUGUCAUACUAAUUACAUCAUUAAAGAUACUGCUGCAGAAAUGAUUUAAAACUGAGUUGGUGACCUACUGUAUAUAAACCUGUAUACCUCUCAUUUAUAUCUGAAAGUAUCUAGAUUACAAUUGCUACAAGUGACUGAUUUUAGUUUGAGCUGUAGUAUUAAAUAGCCUCUUCGGCAUCAGAUCCACAGAUCAAGCACAGUCUAGGCCUAUGUACUCUUUUCAACACUGUAACCUGUCAUGGAAUGCAGAGAGAGCUUUAUACAGGUCUCUUACUUCAUGCAACAAACAACAACCACUCUGCCCUCUGUCCUCGGGGAGGUACAGCAUUGCACUCACUGCUACUGGUACAGAAGGCCCAAUGUCUAGCCUAUAUUUAGUUACUUGUCCACAGAUCAAAAGCAUCACUUAGUGAUGGUCUAUAUAGCCAUAACUCUAAAGGAAAGGAAUCUCUCUGAUGUCUCCACCAGUCGAUGGGAAUCUUCUCAGUCAUUGUACUAUGACAUUGUGAUGAGGUAUGGUAGCAAGGGGAGCAUGGAAGGACAUAACAGGGCAUACGGGUCAUGUGCUGCUGUUGCGCAAUCCAUGCUACUGUACUGUCUGCACAGCCUUGAUGGAAGGGUUUCUGGUUCAUGUUUCUAGUGGGCCUACAGUGUAUGUAACAUUUCUCGCUGUCUUUGUCUUGCAGGAAUUAGGGCGUGAUGAUGACCGGAGAGCAAAUCAGAGGUAAGCCUCCCCCUCCCCCAUUCUCUCCCUGAAAAAACAUAUAUAUUUUAAUCUAGAAAAAGUAGUUUGUUUGUUUUCAAAGCACUCUUAAAGUACAGUGACGUGAUCUAUAUGGAAAACAUUCUUGCCCUCCCUAGGUGCCUGGCUAAAUGACUAUAGGGCUCUAUGUCCAGCUGCAUAUUGGGGGUCGAAGGUCAGCUAUUAUAUUUCCCUGAGAAGCUGUGCAUGCACAUGCAUUAGGGGAUGCAGUAAUGUAUAUUAAGGAUCUGUUGUGCUCCAUUUGGGGGAGGGGUUGGUAUACAUUUAUUUGGCCAGGAAAUCUGUGUGUUUCCCAAGGCCUAUGGACAUUGACCCCUGACCCUGGUCCUGGUGUCAGUGGGAAUUCCAGGACUGGCUUACAGUAGGAAGCCACCAGGAAUGUCCUGAAGAAAUAACAUGGACACUGGUCCUGAAUUACACAUAUUGUAGGCCUAUGUAGGUAAAUAUGAAUAAUAUAUUAUUCCUGCAUUAAUGUUAUAUCCAUUAAGGAGCAUAGUAUAACUAUUAUUCAAUUAAUGAGCGCUUGCAAAAGAGAUGGAACAUCCCACACCAUUGCAGUCCAUGACAGUUCACAUGGAAUGUCCCCAUCAGGGGACCAGAUGUAGGCCUAGUUGUGUCAAGGGUAAUAACAGUGAUAAUGGUCUAACCCUCAGUUACCAUUCCCAUUAACCGCCAUUAUACAUUCCAACAAACCAGAAACACUAUCCAGCUGUAUUGCAGAGCUGGAAGUGAAUAGCACAGGUGGAAUCCUCUACUCAGCUACAGCAGGAUGUGAUGUCAUGGUGUUGUGCCGGAGCUUGUUUUGUUCUAGAGUUUCUUCUGUCAGAGUUUCUUGGAAAGAGAGUUGAUAAUACCUUUUUGGCCAUGCUGUUGUAGUAGGCCUAGUGUUGGCUGCACACUAAUUUCUCUAGUCCAACCUGGCUGGGCCAGGGGGGUCUCAGCCUUACACAACAGCUUCCCCCAUCUGGUAGACAUGACACACACAGUGUGGGUUGAGAUUAUAACAUUGAUAAGGUAGAUUAGAUUCUUGGUGGUACAUGGCAGAUAGAGGAAUGUUUGAAAGGUGGUAUAGAGAGCGAUUUUGAUUAUGUAAAAUCUUGCUUCAGAGCUGCUUCUGCCUGCAAAAAAGGUAGGAUGAGAAGGUAAAAACACAACAAAUGAUUGAUAUGAGUGGUUUUGCAUCAUUGCAUUCUAUUUUUUAGUUAAACGGCUAAAGCAAAGACAUUUAACUUGAUAGUGAUAAAUAGUCACCAGAGAAAUGCUGUAGGGCGGAAUAGUCACACCAUUGAUUAUUGAAGAGUCUGUUUUUGAAGUGGCCCAGUCUACAUUAGAGCUGCUCCUCUUGUCCUCUCUCAGACCCAGUGAUGUCAGCGAGUCUGCCUCUCUGAGGGCCAUACUGUAUCAGUCAGGCAGAAACCUGAACCACAUUUACCCUCGGUUGUCACAGUACCCUGCCUGCCUCAGCCAGAAAACCCAAGCACCAGACAGGGUUAUGCAGCAGCCAAAGGGAGGUGUGUGUGUGUGUGUGUGUGUGUGUGUGUGUGGGCAGACACUUUUAAAGGGAAGAUCUCCUUGGUGUGUGUGUGUUGUCUAACUAGCAGCUUGCGUAAAUUGCUUGACACUGGCAUUGGAUAUGUGUUCUGUGAAGGAGUUAUGGUUCAUACAAAGUUAAAUAUGCCACUCAAUGUGUAGUUUCCUUUGGCUCAGUGACUCAUCAGAGAUCCUUUGGGAUCUUACACGUCAAACAGCCUCCACUCACUCUACAGAUGUGUGCUCUGUAGACUGAAGCUGAGGCAAGCUAGAUUCCCUGCCACCCAACCCAGCCAAUGUUUUGUGUCGGGAGUUGCGGAGGGAGUUCUGAUUGCUCAAGUGCGCACUGUGAGGAGGAGAUAAGCUGCUGCUAAUGGUCGGGGGUUGAGGCAGGAAGCAGAGCUGAACAGACACAGCAGAAGUCUGAAGUCUGAUCCUCACAACCCAGACGGGCAGGAGGGAGAGACGGACGCACCAGACCAAGACAGGAUACAUCAUCAGACUAGUUGAACCCUUCUGCACCUUUUUACAGGGAAAAAAGAAACCCAGGGCAAUAUCGGUUAUUAUGCUUUGGAAACCAAAUUUGUUUUUGAGGCACAAUUCUUGUGAAUGUAUUUUUUGCACGUGGAUGUACUAUGAAGCUAUAAGGGUGGAGGAGAUGUUGUGAAGAAGCCAGUAGACACCAGAGAGCUACUGAGGGAGAGAUCCAGUAACAGCAUCAGGAUGCAUCUUGUGGUGGAGCCUUCACAGGAAGCCGUGCUUACCAUGCUGCCUCACUUUGUGGAGAACGCAGUCCUGACUCAGAGAGAGAUCUGCCGAAUGUAAGUCCUCCACUCACUCAAGGAGAAGCAAUCCUGAGUGUAUCUCUCACUGGCAUUAUUACCUUGAUAAGAGGUAGCACAAUGGCGAAGAUGGUUUGAAUGGUUGAAACUUGUAAGUGUGCACCCAGUAUUUUCUGUAUUAGUCAUUGGUAUAAAAGUGUAACAUUUUAUUUUUAUAGCUCUGUGGGUUUUUUUCCAGGGUUGACAACUUAUUUUUUCUUAUACAUAAAUACAAAGUGUACUUUAAUCUUACAUUUGAUCGUACUGUUAGAAUUGCUUACAGGUAUUGUUUUAAUGGCUGUCUAGAUUUCUUCUUGAGUGUUCCUUUUAGAAGUCUACAGUUCACAGCUGUCUUACGGUGCGUUUACACGGGCAGCCUAAGUCUGAUCUUUUUCCACUAAUUGGCCUUUUAACCAAUCAGAUCAGCUGUUUUGUCAAUAAUAAAAUACAUCAGAAUUGGGCUGUCUGUAAACGCAGCCUUAGAAACAUAGGGACAGGCUCUGAUUGUUCUCAGUAAUAGUGUAAUGGACGGAUCAACAGUAGCUGGAGCCUUUUCAAUAAACCUCUCUCUUUAGGUCUAUACAUCCAUCUGUGAUUGAUAUUCAGUACAUCCCAUUUACAGUACAUCAGCCAUUUUGAAGAUGAGCUAUUAUGUAACCAACUGAUUUUUAUAUGGUACCCCACCCAACUCUGACCUCUUGACUGAGGCCACCCUCAUCAUCAUCAUCCUCCUCCUCAUCUUUUCAGGACAUUCUGAAAAUGAACAAUGCUACGUAAUGAUAACAGCGGGGCAGAAACAAAAGGUCUUGUGACGGACCCACUCUGUCAUACCAGGCUUUGUUUGUGGUGGCAGAGCGAGCAGGCAGGCUGCCUGUUAACAAAGCCCAGCUCUGUUCCUCCUGGUCAAUGUUGUGGCCAGCAAACGCCCAGCUCUGUUCCUCCUGGUCAAUGUUGUGGCCAGCAAACGCCCAGCUCUGUUCCUCCUGGUCAAUGUUGUGGCCAGCGAACACCUGGCUCUCUUUCUCCUGGUCAGUGUUCUGUCCAGCAGACGCCUAGCUCUGUUCUUCCUGGACAUUGCUUAGUCCAAGGAAAACCUAGCUUUUAUCCGGGGGUGGUCAGUGCCUCCAGCACAUGGGUUAGGGCAGUCAGGAGAGCCCAUCCCUGGCAAGAGAAGGGAGAGAUGGAUGGUGCUGGCUGAAGAGGGAAAGGCAAAGGAAAUAUUUCAGUGGUGGGCACAAUUAUCUGCCCACCGAUAGGUGAGGAGACCUAACUACGUUCUGUCAGUUCAUUAAGGUCAGGAGACCUAACCACGUUCUGUCAGUUCAUUAUCUGAGGGAAAUAUUUCAUAAAGGAAAGGUCUGCUCACAUUUACUUACUGAUGAGUUCAGGAACAUCCUUUCCUUCUAGUCACUGAACCUUGGAAAAGCAAUUAACAGCCAUCCCACCCUGCCUCUUCUUCCCACUGUAGCUCUGCUCUCUGAUUCUACCCUCUGUGCAUUCUACAUCUCCAGGUCAUUUGUCUCCAUUCCUGGAGAAAAAUAGCCUCACUCAUUGACAAGUGAGAAGAUUACUGUGGGUUGGACAGUUAAUUGAACCACAUCAGCCUUAGGAGAGUCUGCAGCAGGGCAUCCACAUUCCACCUGAUCAUUUUCAAUGGAUGUUUUGCCUCCCUGAAGUGAACGCACCGGUGAUUGCAUAGUCUGUCAAAGACAUCAUGGAAAGGAAAGUAGGCUAUGGCUGGGUAGUUUUGUGACAACAGACAUACUGUUCAUCUGUAGAUCUACUUAAAUGGAGCACAACUAAACAGGGAAGAGACACCAGGCAGGUGUAGAAAGGAGUGACUAUUUCAAAUGUCCUCUCUGGUCUAGAGUAGAACGCCAUACUACUUACUAUAGGUACUGUGGAGUGCAGUGUGCAGUGUGCCACAGACCGUGCUUAAACUGUUGAAGCAGUACAAUGAUUUGUCCAACACGCUAUUCAGAUAUGCUGAUGAUCUGUUGCCUAUUUUCAGUACAGUAUGUACUCUUUCUUUCACUUCUCUAAUGAAUGCUUCCCCUUCUGUGUGCUACAACAUCAAACCACUAGAAACCCUAUUUCCCUGUCUGUCUGUCUGUCUAUGUUUCAGCCUCAGCGAGAGCUUCUUCAUGGUCAAAGGAGCUGCCCUCUUCCUGCAGCAGGGCACCAAUGCACAGGGACCCAAGACCCCUACACACCACAAACACACAGGUAAAUACACUGGCACGCAACAAACACGCACUGGACCCAUUGUUCAGUGAACCGUGACAAUGCCACUGCUAAAGUUCUAUGCAAAGACAAGGUAAUAUUUGCUGAGGUUGGCUUGGCCUUUGUGGUUGAGCCUGUAUUCAACCCAUAUUCACUGAAGGAUUACCUGGCCUUUGACUGCCCUCGAGGCAGGUACUUGUCUGCUUUUAGCUUUGAUAUGGUUGUCAAAGUAGGUCCAAGUGUGACCCUAGAGCCUUCCUAGUAACCCGGUGAUGUCACACAAAGAAAGGGAGAAGACAAACCACACAAAAAGGGGCUUUGUAGAUCCUGCUUGUUUGAUUUUCCCAUCAAGAUGUUACAUAAACUCAUCAAGCUGGACAAACCAGCCUGCAACGCAUCUGAUGUUACCACAGUGGUGUGUAUACGUACGGGUAGGCCUAUGGGUGUGUACCUGUGUGUGAUGCAGCAUGUCUCAUAACAGGGUUGUUGUUGAGAUUAGUUAGAUGGGGGAAUGCUAUCACCUCAUUUGGAGUCCAAACACACCCCUCCCCUCUCCUCCCCUAUGAUAUGCAGGUUAAUCACAAGAUCAUCACCAGACGUUCAAGUCAAUGUUUAGCUCUGAUAAACCUGGCAUGUAUUUAUCUGUGUGUUUACGCAAAUGACAGACUGUUUCUGCAUGUUUGUAUCGGUUUAGCCGAGAGUUGUCCUUGAGAUUAGAUGUUCUGGUACACCAUUCCCAUUUAUUUUCAUGUCUUGUCAUGAGAUGUUCAGGCUCUGCUCUGCCAUGUGUAACUUCAGUACAGACGUGUUGUUGUGACGGGUAUUGGAUCACCCUGCAGGUGGGCCUAAUCAGAGGUACCAGUCUAAGUAGGGGCCUGGAUAGCCGAGCUGGACACAGUUAUACAGUAUGUCUGAUUAGGUAGAUAGGUUUGCUUGAUCUGGAUUAUGGUAUGCGGUUCUCUUCUCUCCCAGGUGACUUACCUCGACACCUGCAGGUCAUGAUUAACACCAUCCGCUCUGAGGACCGCAUUAAACUGGUGAGUCAAAUCCCCAUAAGGUACAUCUAAGAUGUACAUACCAUCCAUUUUGAUUGACACAGAUGCUACACAGUGUAACCUAUUCCUCCUGCUGUUCCCCAGGCUGUACGGUUAGAGAGUGGUUGGUCUGACCGUGUACGGUACAUGGUUGUGGUCUACACCAGCGGUCGCCAGGACACAGAGGAGAAUAUCCUGCUAGGGAUGGACUUCACCGAUAAGGACAGGUACCCGUCUUUCCUCCUUAGCCAGCAGUAAUACAAUACAAUGUGGUUUGUUGUUAUCGUAGGGUAAUAAUCUAUUCCGUUGCAUUAUUCCUAGUAAAAGCUGCUCUAUCGGGAUGGUGCUACCACUAUGGAGUGAUACGAAGAUCCAUUUAGAUGGAGAUGGGUAAGUGCUACUCUUCUUCUUCUACAUACUGAGUGUACAAAACAUUAAGCUAUUUCCAUGACAGACUGACCAGGUGAAUCCAGGUGAAAGCUAUGAUCCCUUAUUGAUGUCACUGGUUAAAUCCACUUCAAUCAGUGUAGAUGAAGGGAAGGAGACCGGUUAAAGAAGGAUUUUUAAGCCUUGAGGCAACUGAGACAUGGAUUGUGUAUGUGUGCCAUUCAGAGAGUGAAUGGGCAAGACAAAAAAUGGAAGUGCCUUUGAACGGGGUAUGGUAGUAGGAGCCAGGCACACCGGUUUGUGUCAAGAACUGCAACGCUGCAGGGUUUUUCACGCUCAACAGUUUCCCAUGUGUGUGAAGAAUGGUCCACCACCCAAAGGACAUCCAGCCAACUUGACACAACUGUGGGAAGCAUUGGAGUCAACAUGGGCUAGGAUCCCUGUGGAACGCUUUCGACACCUUGUAGAGUCCAUGCCCCAACGAAUUGAGACUGUUCUGAGGACAAAAGUGGGGGGCUGCAACUCAGCAUUAGGAAGGCGUUCCUAAUGUUUGGUAUACUCAGUGUAUACCCUCACAUACAGUACCAGUCAAAAGUUUGGCCACACCUACUCAUUCCAGGGUUUUUCUUUAUUUUUAAAAUGUUCUACAUUGUAGAAUAAUAGUGAAGACAUCAAAACUAUGGAAACCUGUAAUGCAUUUCAAUUAACAGGUGUGCUUUGUUAAAAGUUAAUUUGUGGAAUUUCUUUCCUUCUUAAUGCGUUUGAGCCAAUCAGUUGUGUUGUGACAAGGUAGGGGUGGUAUACAGAAGAUAGCCCUAUUUGGUAAAUCUUCUGUAUACCACCCCUACCUUGUCAUGAAGCUGGUUGAGAUUAUGCCAAGAGUGUGCAAAGUUGUCAAGGCAAAGGGUGGCUACUUUGAAGAAUCUCAAAUAUAAAAUAUAUCUUGAUUUGUUUAACACUUUUUGGGUUACUACAGUGAGGGAAAAAAGUAUUUGAUCCCCUGCUGAUUUUGUACGUUUGCCCACUGACAAAGAAAUGAUCAGUCUAUAAUUUGAAUGGUAGGUUUAUUUGAACAGUGAGAGACAGAAUAACAACAAAAAAAUCCAGAAAAACUCAUGUCAAAAAUGUUAUAAAUUGAUUUGCAUUUUAAUGAGGGAAAUAAGUAUUUGACCCCUCUGCAAAACAUGACAUAGUACUUGGUGGCAAACCCUUGUGGGCAAUCACAGAGGUCAGACGUUUCUUGUAGUUGGCCACCAGGUUUGCACACAUCUCAGGAGGGAUUUUGUCAUACUCCUCUUUGCAGAUCUUCUCCAAGUCAUUAAGGUUUUGAGGCUGAUGUUUGGCAACUCGAACCUUCAGCUCCCUCCACAGAUUUUCUAUGGGAUUAAGGUCUGGAGACUGGGUAGGCCACUCCAGGACCUCAAUGUGCUUCUUCUUGAGCCACUCCUUUGUUGCCUUGGCCGUGUGUUUUGGGUCAUUGUCAUGCUGGAAUACCCAUCCACGACCCAUUUUCAAUGCCCUGGCUGAGGGAAGGAGGUUCUCACCCAAGAUUUCACGGUACAUGGCCCCGUCCAUCGUCCCUUUGAUGCGGUGAAGUUGUCCUGUCCCGUUAGCAGAAAAACACCCCCAAAGCAUAAUGUUUCCACCUCCAUGUUUGACGGUGGGGAUGGUGUUCUUGGGGUCAUAGGCAGCAUUCCUCCUCCUCCAAACACAGCGAGUUGAGUUGUUGCCAAAGAGCUCGAUUUUGGUCUCAUCUGACCACAACACUUUUACCCAGUUCUCCUCUGAAUCAUUCAGAUGUUCAUUGGCAAACUUCAGACGGGCCUGUAUAUGUGCUUUCUUGCGCAGGGGGACCUUGCGGGCACUGCAGGAUUUCAGAGUUUCACGGCGUAGUAUGUUACCAAUUGUUUUCUUGGUGACUAUGGUCCCAGCUGCCUUGAGAUCAUUGACAAGAUCCUCCCGUGUAGUUCUGGGCUGAUUCCUCACCAUUCUCAUGAUCAUUGCAACUCCACGAGGUGAGAACUUGCAUGGAGCCCCAGGCCGAGGGAGAUUGACAGUUAUUUUGUGUUGCUUCCAUUUGCGAAUAAUCGCACCAACUGUUGUCACCUUCUCUCCAAGCUGCUUGGCGAUGGUCUUGUAGCCCAUUCCAGCCUUGUGUAGGUCUACAAUCUUGUCCCUGACAUCCUUGUAGAGCUCUUUGGUCUUGGCCAUGGUGGAGAGUUUGGAAUCUGAUUGCUUCUGUGGACAGGUGUCUUUUAUACAGGUAACAAGCUGAGAUUAGGAGCACUCCCUUUAAGAGUGUGCUCCUAAUCUCAGCUCGUUACCUGUAUAAAAGACACCUGGGAGCCAGAAAUCUUUCUGAUUGAGAGGGGGUCAAAUACUUAUUUCCCUCAUUAAAAUGCAAAUCAAUUUCUAACAUUUUUGACAUGCGUUUUCCUGGAUUUUUGUUGUUAUUCUGUCUCUCACUGUUCAAAUAAACCUACCAUUAAAAUGAUAGACUGAUCAUUUCUUUGUCAGUGGGCAAACGUACAAAAUCAGCAGGGGAUCAAAUACUUUUUUCCCUCACUGUACAUGAUUCCAUAUGUGUUAUUUCAUAGUUUUGAUGUCUUCACUGUUAUUCUACAAUGUAGAAAAUAGUAAAAAUAAAGAAACCCUUGAAUGAGUAGGUGUGUCCAAACUUUUGACUGGUAGUGUAAAUAUACAUGAAACUUUACACAAAGGUACGGUAUGUGUCACAGUACAUCACACAGACAUCAAGCUGCAUUCAGUCAUACAGUCGACCAUGAAGUAUCUCUGAUCGUUUAGCCCGUUCAAACAGCCCAGCCCUGUAAGUGACGCCGAAUGAGUUGCUCUGCCCUCCAGUGGGCAGUCCAGUCAACUACAGGCAUUUUCAUCCCUCCAUGUGGCAGACGAGUUCUUGCUGAGCUGUUAGUCAUCCCGCUCUGUGCUGGAGGAAUGUUCCAUUGGGUUGUGUCCUGAAUAGUCCCCUAAACCCUUGUAAUUCAGCCCCUAUUUGUGCUCCCAGACCUCUCUCUCUCGCUCUUUCUCUCUUUCUCUCUCUAUCCAUGAACCUAAUCCUUUAUCCUCCCAUCUUCUCUCUCCUCAGAGGAUUUAGUGUGACCACAGGAGGACGAUCGCAUGUCUUCAAGCCUGUUUCUGUGCAGGCCAUGUGGUAAGUGUCUGGUUUUUUGAUUUGAUACUGUGUUUGGGUACUUCAAAAUAUAAUUGUCUGGUGACCUUAUAUUCCCUGAAACCAUAUAGUGACAGUAUUCUACCACGUUGGUUCCAUUUUAAUAUCAACUAUCAAUGAGCGGAAAACCAUUAACCAGUAGAUUCAUUAUUCAGGCUGGUAACGCUUUGAUACUGAAAACCUAUUGACAGUGUUGAGUCCAUGCACCAUCUACUGGUCAAUAGAUGUCAGUACCAUUACAAUGUGCAUGCACUUUUCUUUUCAUUCUCAGCAGACUCAUAAUUUUCUCUGGGUUUGACAGGCCUUUAAAUGUGCUCUGAAUUUCCUGCCGUCAUUAAAAAAUCUAUUAUCAAAAGACUGACUCUCUGUAUAAUCAGAUAAGUGUAACAGCUUCUGAAUAGUUGCUGUUGUGAACCUGUAUUAUGACUGAGAGCUUCUUCUACCUGUGUGUCUUCAGGUCUGCCCUGCAGAUCCUCCAUAAGGCAAGUGAGGUGUCUCGCAGGCACAACUACUUCCCCGGGGGCAUGGCCCUCACCUGGAUGGGCUUCUAUGAGAGCUGUAUCACCUCUGAGCAGAGCUGCAUCAACGAGUGGAACGCUAUGACUGACCUGGAGACCAUGCGGCCCGACUCACCUGCCAUGUUCGUCGAACGGUAAGACCUGAAUCAUCUGGUUUCGUAAGAUUCAGUUAAAUUGUUUUUCCUAUGAUUCAUUUCAAUUUACAGUUGCACUACCUUCUGAGAUUGGUAAUCUGUCCAUCAGAUUCAUCAGGGUGUUAACCGGGCCUUUUUUGUUUAAAUCAAAAGUGAUAAAUGUGUUGGUUACAUUCAUAAUUGAAUGUAUAUAUUGACUUAUGUUGUGUUGUUCAGGCCAACGGAGAGAGAGAGAACAGAGUGUGCAAUCAAAGCUAAACUACGCAGCAUCAUGAUGUUCCGUGACCUGGAGAAUGUCACUUCCAAGGAGGUAUGUGUCUCCACUCACCAGGCUUUGUAGGGGCACACAGAUCGGUUUGUUGUGACAACUAAUUCUGCAUGGUAUAAGUCCCAUAGUGCAGCCUAAUACCGGUUAUAUCCCCCCCUCUCAGAUCCGUGUGGAGCUAGAGCAGCAAAUGAGCUGUAACCUGAAGGAGUACAAAGAGUUCCUUGACAACGAGAUGCUGCUGAUCCUGGGUCAGAUGGACAAAGCCACUCUCAUCUUUGACCACCUCUACCUGGUGAGAACUUUUCCCUAACUUUACAUCCUAAUUGUCUCUUUGUAUCCCUAACACUAACUAGUAACUACAGUCCUCCUCGCUAACCUCUGAACUACUGCCACAACUCUAUUACUGUAACCCUGGUGUAGUUAGUUAGUUUGACCUUUGUAACCUGAUGGAGUAAGUUGUCUUGAUAUUCAUUCCUCUGUGUUUGUGUCUUCUCUAGGGCUCGGAGUGGAAUGCCUCCAAUCUAGAGGAACUACGGGACUGUGGGUGAGUGGGAGUCUCACAAACACUAAAGCUAUGUCUCUAGAACUGCUCCCUAACCACCACUGCUCCCUAACCACCAGCCCUGGCUCACGGACAUAGUGUUGUAUUAUUCUGUAUUCCCAUGCCAAGGACAAUAAUGUACAGUAUCGGUCAAAACUUUGGACACUUACUCAUUCCAGGGUUUUUCUUAAUUUGUACUAUUUUCUACAUUAUAGAAUAAUAGUGAAGACAUCAAAACUAUGAAAUAACACAUGGAAUCAUGUAGUAACCAAAAAAGUGUUAAACAAAUCAAAAUAUAUUUUAUAUUUGAGAUUCUUCAAAGUAGCCACCUUUUGCCUUGAUGACAGCUUUGCACACUCUUGGCAUUCUCUCAACCAGCUUCAUGAGGUAGUCACCUGGAAUGCAUUUCAAUUAACAGGUGUGCCUUGUGGAAUUUAUUUCCUUCUUAAUGCUUUUGAGCCAAUCAGUUGUGUUGUGACAAGGUAGGGGUAGUAUACAGAAGACAUCCCUAUUUGGUAAAAGACCAAGUCCAUAUUAUGGCAAGAACAGCUCAAAUAAGCAAAGAGAAACGACAGUCCAUCAUUACUUUGAGACAUGAAGGUCAGUCAAUACGGAAAAUGUCAAGAACUUUGAACGUUUCUUCAAGUGCAGUCGCAAAAACCAUCAAGCGCUAUGAUGAAACUGGCUCUCAUGAGGACCGCCACAGGAAAGGAAGGCCCAGAGUUACCUCUGCUGCAGAGGAUAAGUUCAUUAGAGUUAACUGCACCUCAGAUUGCAGCCCAAAUAAAUGCUUCACAGAGUUCUAGUAACAGACACAUCUCAACAUCAACUGUUCAGAGGAGACUGUGUGAAUCAGGCCUUCAUGGUCAAAUUGCUGCAAAGAAACCACUACUAAAGGACACCAAUAAGAAGAAGAGACUUGCUUGGGCCAAGAAACACGAGCAAUGGACAUUAGACUGGUGGAAAUCUGUCAUUUGGUCUGAUGAGUCCAAAUUUGAGAUUUUUGGUUCCAACCGCCGUGUCUUUGUGAGACACAGAGUAGGUGAACGGAUGAUCUCCGCAUGUGUGGUUCCCACCAUGAAGCAUGGAGGAGGAGGUGUUAUGGUGUAGGGGUGCUUUGCUGGUGAUACUGUCUGUAAUUUAUUUAGAAUUCAAGGUACACUUAACCAGCAUGGCUACCACAGCAUUCUGCAGCGAUAUGCCAUCCCAUCUGGUUUGCGCUUAGUGGGACUAUCAUUUGUUUUUCAACAGGACAAUGAUCCAAAACACACCUACAGGCUGUGUAAGGGCUAUUUGACCAAGAAGGAGAGUGAUGGAGUGCUGCUUCAGAUGACCUGGCCUCCACAAUCCCCCGACCUCAACCCAAUGGAAAUGGUUUGGGAUGAGUCGGAAGGCAGAGGUGAAGGAAAAGCAGCCAACAAGUGUCAAGCAUAUGUGGGAACUCCUUCAAGACUGUUGGAAAGCAUUCCAGGUGAAGCUGGUUGAGAGAAUGCCAAGAGUGUGCAAAGCUGUCAUCAAGGCAAAGGGUGGCUUUUUGAAGAAUCUCAAAUAUAAAAUAUAUUUUGAUUUGUUUAACACUUUUUGGGUUACUACAUGAUUCCAUAUGUGUUAUUUCAUAGUUUUGAUGUCUUCACUAUUAUUCUACAAUGUAGAAAAUAGUAAAAAUAAAGAAAAACCCUUGAAUGAGUAGGUGUGUCCAAACUUUUGACUGGUAGUGUAUGUCAGGUCAUUGUUGCAUCUUUCCUUCAAAAGACCUACCAAUACAGAAAGGUCUGUUGAAGGAACACUGAUAGCACCACUGAAUGAGAUGCUGCCCCACUGCAACGCCACCACUCUUGUCAAGAGGGCACAACAGUGCCUCUACUUCCUAAGGCAGCUGAAGAAAUUCAGCAUGCCACACCAGGUCCUCUCCAAAUACUUCCACUGCACCAUCGAGAGCGUCCUGACCAGUUGCAUCGCGGCCUGGUACGGGAAUUGCUCCGUUCACUACGGCAAGGCCCUCCAGCAGGUGGUGAAGAGGGCCCAGUACAUCACUGGGACCGUGUUCCCACCCAUCCAGGAUAUUUACUUGAAACAGUGCCUGAGGAAGGCCAGCAGCAUCGUCAAGGACACCACACACCCCAGCCACGAGCUGUUCACUCCCUUAUCGUCGGGCAGACAGUAUCGGAGCAUGAGGUCUGAUACCAUCAGACUGCCGAACACUUGAUCUGGACUGAUCACUGGCACUGAUUCUCUGCACCUUAGUAUACAUGCACUCACAUACCCACACACACAGAUAUACACUGAGUGUACAAAACAUUAAGAACACCUGCUCUUUCUAUGACAUAGACUGACCAGGUGAAUCCAGGUGAAAGCUAUGAUCCAUUAUUGAUGUCACCUGUUAAAUCCACUUCAAUCAGUGUAGAUGAAGGAGAGGAGACAAGUUAAAGAAGGAUUUUCAAGCCUUGAGGCAACUGACAUAUGGAUUGUGUAUGUGUUCCAUUCAGAGGAUGAAUGGGCAAGACAAAAGAUUUAAGUGCCUUUAAACAGGGUAUGGUAGUAGAUGCCAGGCGCACCGGUUUGUGUCAAGAACUGCAGCGCUGCUGGGUUUUUCACACUCAACAGUUUCCCGUGUGUAUCAAGAAUGGUCCACCAUAUAUUGGGGAUUGGAAAUGAUGCAGACAAUUACAUUGAUGGAAGCUACAAGCUAUCUGAAGUAUUAAAGCUGAUAUACCCCCUAUAAACAUUUAAUUAAAAAAAAAAAUAUGGUCCACCACCCAAAAUACAUCCAGUCACUUGAGACAACUGUGGGAAGCAUUGGAGUCAACAUGGGCCAGCAUCCCUGUGGAACGCUUUCGACACCUUGUAGAAUCCAUGCCCCGACGAAUUGAGGAUGUUCUGAGGGCAAAAUGGGGGAGGGGGAUGCAACUCAAUAUUAGGAAGGUGUCCUUAAUGUUUUGUACACUCAGUGUACACACAUCCACAUUAUUUGUUUUUGUUGUUGCAUUAUCGAGAAGGAACCUGCAAGUUAGCACUUUUUGUUGGACAGUGUAUACCAUGUGUAUCCUGUACAUACGACUAAUAAAACUUGAAACUUUUUUUUUUCUUGAUGCAGUGUGGGCUACAUCCUCAACGUGACCAGGGAAAUAGACAACUUCUUCCAGGGCACGUUCUCCUACCACAACAUCCGGGUGUUUGACGAGGAGGCCACGGACCUGCUGGCCCACUGGAACGAGACCUACAACUUCAUCGUCAGAGCCAAGUGAGUGCCUACUUGUCAAACAAACUAAACCCUACUUCUCGAACAGCUAACUAAAACACAUGUCUUGCAGCAUGUGAAGUAUUUACCGCAUAACAUCAAUAAAGGAAAUGUAGGGUUAUUUUAUACACUAAAACUAUGUGGAAAGCCUAGUCACUCUGGAAAAUACUUAUUCUAAAUGCACAGGGUUUUAAUGUAAAACAUAUUUGCCCCACAGGAAGAACCAGUCUAAGUGUCUGGUCCACUGUAAGAUGGGUGUGAGCCGGUCAGCCUCCACGGUCAUAGCGUAUGCCAUGAAGGAGUAUGGCUGGACUCUGGAGAAGGCCUACAACUUUGUGAAGCAGAAGAGGAGCAUCGCUCGGCCCAAUGCUGGCUUUAUGAGGCAGCUGGCCGAGUACGAGGGCAUCCUGGACGCUAGGUGAGUCCGUCAGGGUAUACUGGGGUACUAUACUGGUAUAUGCAGGUUUGUUCCAGUAUAUAACCAACUGUGCUACACGAGGAGUUUCUGCCAUUCAUUCUCACUCCACUGCAGUCAUGAGGUAUUGGUUAGUGCUAUCCUUGGGACGUCCCUACCCUAAACCACUACCCUUACCCUAAACCACUACCCUUACCCUAACCAUAAUCCUUACCUAACCUUAAUUUCAACUUCAAUGGGGUAGCAUCAGAGUUGGGACAUCCCAAGGAUACCAGGUAGCAAGGACCCUGAGGUAUUUAACUUCAUUAUGCUCAACCUAACUCGCUGCCUAGAGGUCAGGUCAAAUGUGACAGUUAAUUCACCACAGUAGCUGUCUAGAGGGGGUCAGCAAAGGUAAGCAGUCUAAGGUUAUUAGCGUAUUAUUAGGUUGGUAGAGAGACUGCAGAUCAGUGUGACUGAAUUAUCCUUAAAAAGGCUUAUUAGUGGCUAAGUAUCUCGUUAAGUACAGUGAGGGGAAAAAAGUAUUUGAUCCCCUGCUGAUUUUGUACGUUUGCCCACUGACAAAGACAUGAUCAGUCUAUAAUUUUAAUGGUAGGUUUAUUUGAACAGUGAGAGACAGAAUAACAACAACAAAAUCCAGAAAAACGCAUGUCAAAAAUGUUAUAAAUUGAUUUGCAUUUUAAUGAGGGAAGUAAGUAUUUGACCACUGUGCAAAACAUGACUUAGUACUUGGUGGCAAAACCCUUGUUGGCAAUCACAGAGGUCAGACGUUUCUUGUAGUUGGCCACCAGGUUUGCACACAUCUCAGGAGGGAUUUUGUCCCACUCCUCUUUGCAGAUCUUCUCCAAGUCAUUAAGGUUUCGAGGCUGACGUUUGGCAACUCGAACCUUCAGCUCCCUCCACAGAUUUUCUAUGGGAUUAAGGUCUGGAGACUGGCUAGGCCACUCCAGGACCAUAAUGUGCUUCUUAUUGAGCCACUCCUUUGUUGCCUUGGCCGUGUGUUUUGGGUCAUUGUCAUGCUGGAAUACCCAUCCACGACCCAUUUUCAAUGCCCUGGCUGAGGGAAGGAGGAUCUCACCCAAGAUUUGACGGUACAUGGCCCCGUCCAUCGUCCCUUUGAUGCGGUGAAGUUGUCCUAUCCCCUUAGCAGAAAAACACCCCCAAAGCAUAAUGUUUCCACCUCCAUGUUUGACGGUGUUCUUGGGGUCAUAGGCAGCAUUCCUCCUCCUCCAAACACGGCGAGUUGAGUUGAUGCCAAAGAGCUCCAUUUUGGUCUCAUCUGACCACAACACUUUCACCCAGUUCUCCUCUGAAUCAUUCAGAUAUUCAUUGGCAAACUUCAGACUGGCAUGUAUAUGUGCUUUCUUGAGCAGGGGGACCUUGCGGGCGCUGCAGGAUUUCAGUCCUUCACGGCGUAGUGUGUUACCAAUUGUUUUCUUGGUGACUAUGGUCCCAGCUGCCUUGAGAUCAUUGACAAGAUCCUCCUGUGUAGUUCUGGGCUGAUUCCUCACCAUUCCAUGAUCAUUGCAACUCCACGUGGUGAGAUCUUGCAUGGAGCCCCAGGCCGAGGGAGAUUGACAGUUCUUUUGUGUUUCUUCCAUUUGCGAAUAAUCGCACCAACUGUUGUCACCUUCUCACCAAGCUGCUUGGCGAUGGUCUUGUAGCCCAUUCCAGCCUUGUGUAGGUCUACAAUCUUGUCCCUGACAUCCUUGGAGAGCUCUUUGGUCUUGGCCAUGGUGGAGAGUUUGGAAUCUGAUUGAUUGAUUGCUUCUGUGGACAGGUGUCUUUUAUACAGGUAACAAGCUGAGAUUAGGAGCACUCCCUUUAAGAGUGUGCUCCUAAUCUCAGCUCGUUACCUGUAUAAAAGACACCUGGGAGCCAGAAAUCUUUUUGAUUGAGAGGGGAUCAAAUACUUAUUUCCCUCAUUAAAAUGCAAAUCAAUUUAUAACAUUUUUGACAUGCGUUUUCCUGGAUUUUUGUUGUUAUUCUGUCUCUCACUGUUCAAAUAAACCUACCAUUAAAAUUAUAGACUGAUCAUUUCUUUGUCAGUGGGCAAACGUACAAAAUCAGCAGGGGAUCAAAUACUUUUUUCCCUCACUGUAUGUCUGUAUAAAGCUUCCGAGUGGCGCAGCGGUCUAAGGCACUGCAUCUCAGUGCUUGAGGCGUCACUACAGACCCCCUGGUUCGAUUCCAGGCUGUAUCACAUCCAGCCAUGAUUGGGAGUCCCAUAGGGCAGUGCACAAUUGGCCCAGCGUUGUAGGCUGUCAUUGUAAAUAAGAAUUUGUUCUUAACUGACUUGCCUAGUUAAAUAAAGGUAAAAUAUUAUUUUUUUAACAUGUACUCUGUACAUAAUAUGGUUAUUCUAACCCAAUCACUUUGUGCCUCAGUAAACAGCGUCACAACAAGCUGUGGAGGCCCGAGGGAGGGGAGGACAACCCAGAUGAGGCGUCUGGCCAGUGUUGUGGUGGAGAGGAGACCCCCGUGGAGGAUGAGGCCUGGGGGGGAGAGGGCUGCGGCGCCUCGCCCUGCCAGGGCAUGGGCCUGGAGGUGGACGCCCUGGACCCUCUCAACUACAACUACUACUUCAGACGGCUGUCGGACACGGCCCUGGACAGCGAACCCUCCACCCCAGUGCGCGGCCCUCCCCUGCUGGGCAUGGAAAGGGUGUUCAUCGAGAUCGAGGAUGUGGAGAGGGACGCCCUUCUGGAGGACGAGGGCUUCCCCAUGGCCCAGCUGGCUCUGCCUGGGGAGGGCACCGCCGCCCAGACCUGUGGGGGCCGCCUGGAGCCCCUGGAGGACAUGAGGCUACGUCUGGAGUUCAGCACGGUGGAGGAGGAGGACGAGGAGGAGGUGCAGAAGGAGGAGGCGGAGAUGGCUGCCCUGGCCCGGACUCCUGCAGGAGGAGAGGGAGCGACGGAGGACGAGGAGCGGAAGGAUCAGGCCAACGUGAACCGCUUCAACAACGAGAACGCCAACAACAGUAACCGUCUGGCUGCCAAGCGCAGCUGCCCCGCUGCCUUCGACGUGAGUGGGACAGUAAUUAGCUACCUGUAUAUAUAAGAAUUUUGAUGUAACAGUUCGGUUACUUUUAACUUGAACUGGCUUGGGGUUAGGGUCAAGAUAUUAAGCCUAUAAUUGUAAUGCUGUAAGUGUAGUGUUUCUGUCAUUAUUUGAUCCCAUUUCAUUUCAGGGAUCAUCAUCUUAUAGGUGUCAUAAUCUGUGUUUUAUUAGCUUCGAGACCUUAAUCAGGUAAUGUCCUUGGUCCAUUAACCUGUCACUCUGUCUGUGCCUGACCAUGCAUUCCCACUCGCUCUCUAUUUCUUCUGUUUAGGACAGUGCUAGCACAGGAAACCCUUACAAAGUGAAGCCCUCCUACCAGUCGUGUAAAGACUGCCUGCGUCUGCCACCAGGGCGGCGCUGUGAGCGCCCGGCAGGAGGACGCACCCACCGCCUUAACCCCACACGCCACUGCGGGGUGGUCCCCACCAUCUCCAUAGACCCCCCUGGCACCCACUUCGCCAACACCCCCACCCCCCACUCCCCCUGUGCCCUCCCUGCCACCAUUGCCCGCCUGGAGGCCUACCGCCAGCGGCUGGUGUCGCCCAUGAGCUGCGAGGAGCUUCCCCGAGACAGACACUGCUCCCUGGAGACUGAGGACAUGGACGAGCUGCAGGAGGAAGAAGAGGAAGAGCAGGAGCCAAAGCCAGGCAGGGAGGCGGGGACAGGAGCCAUCACAGAGCUCACGUUUAUGAAGCUCAGCUUGGAGGGGGAGAGGCCAGCGGGUCAGCCUCCUGGUGUGGAGUUGCAGUCUGCUGGGGUGGAGAUGGAGCCUCCUGGUGGUGGAGUGGAGACACAGCAGGAGGCCCUGGCCCAGCUACAGAGGACAGGGCUGGAGCUGGGGCGGGUGAGGCAGAGAGCAGAGCAGCUGGAGAGGCUCUUAGGCCUGGCCAUGGAAGGUCCACUCUCAGGGGCUGGGCUGUCUGACCAGAUAGACCUGAGCUUGGCGGUAGAGGAGAUGGAGAUGGAGGGGGAUGUAAGGGUGCAUUCUAAAACCCCCAUCCCCUCUACCAGCUGUGCAGUCACAGCCGCAGACCCCCAGAUGAACACCACCCCAGUGUCGUACCCCCAGUGGUCCACCCAGACUUGGACCCCUGUGUCCUCCCCCCACGGCUCCACCCUCACCCGGAGCUCCAGCAGCGACAGCCUCCACAGCAACCGCGGGGGACACCCAGACCUGGUCAGGCCGCGCACCCAGGAGAUAGAGACCCGCAUGAGGCUGGCCGGCCUGACCGUCCCCUCCCUGCUCAAACGCUCUAGCUCCCUGGCCAAGUUGGGAGGCCUCACUUUCUCCACAGAGGACCUCUCAGACCUGGCUGAUGAUCAGGCCCAGCUGUUCUCCACCGUGCCCCCAACCCUCUGAGCCUCCAUCCACCCCCUGAAGCUGACUGUGUUUCCAGUGUCUCUCCUCCAGACAGGUUCCAUGUGUCUAAACUCCAGACAGUGUCAGAGCAGAGGGAGCAGGUUUGAAGGAGAAGGGAUACAUUUGCCAGGUGUGCUAGAGGUGUCCUGGAGACAUGCCUGAGACAUAUUAGCAGCAUGUUGGCUGGAAGAAAGAAAAGUAACUAAAGAAUUCCUAUUCCUAUUAUAGACUGAGUGUACAAAACAUUAAGAACACCUUCCUAAUAUUGAGUUCACCCCCCCCCUUUGCCCUCAGAACAGCCUCAAUUCGACGGGGCAUGGACUCUACAAGGUGUCGAAAGCGUUCCACAGGGAUGCUGGCCCACGUUGACUCCAAUGCUUCCCACAGUUGUGUCAAGUUGGCUGGUUGUCCUUUGGGUGGUGGACCAUUCUUCAUACACACAGCAAACGGUUGAGCGUGAAAAAACCCUGCAGCGUUGGAGUUUGACACUCAAACCGGUGCGCCUGGCACCUACUACCAUACCCUGUUCAAAGGCACAAUCUUUUGUCUUGCCCAUUCACCCUCUGAAUGGCACACAUACUCAAUCCAUGUCUCAAUUGUCUCAAGGCUUAAAAAUCCUUCUUUAACCUGUCUCCUCCCCUUCAUCUACACUGAUUGAAGUGGAUUUAACAAGGGACCAUAGCUUUCACCUGGAUUCACCUGGUCAGUCUGUCAUGGAAAGAGCAGGUGUUCCUAAUGUUUUGUACAGGCAGUGUACAUGUACUGUCUGUUUAUCAAUCCAAAUAAGAUCUACUAUUGGAGAAGAACCACUCGAAGGAGCUCAAUGAAUGUGUGCAACUGAGCCUCUGUUUUGAUUCAUUCAACAUCUCAUGUGCCCCUGAGCAUCUCGUGCCCCUGUGCAUCUCAUGUUCCCCUGAGCAUCUCGUGCCCCUGAGCAUCUCGUGCCCCUGUGCAUCUCAUGUGCCCCUGAGCAUCUCAUGCCCAUGAGCAGACUGACUGUUGAAGAUUGAAUCCUCAUUUACUGUACAUUCCUCCCUUGUUACAAGCUGUUUUUGUGUCACCGAACAACUUAAUCAUAUGAGCAUCUUCCUGACUCUUCAAGCAAAGCAUCUCAAGACUAUUUUGGUCCAAUACUGUUUUUGUUGGCUUGCCUCCUCAAUGACUGGCUCAACCAGCCCUCCUCCAUUGAGGUACUUAAUGUAAUAAUGUCUUGAGAAGUGGUCAAAAGUCCAAUCAUAAGUCUAGUGUUACACAAGGUGUUCUCGUCGUGACUAGAGCUUCCUCAUGGGGAUCACGCAUGCUAUGGAUGAUGGGAAGAAACACAGUUAGAGAAGAAAUAUUGACAUUUUCUCCUGGAUUAAUUUCUGUUUCUUUGAGGUAGUUUAGAGGGAGUAUAUAAACUUUGGUUUGGUUUAGUUUUGCCACAGCUGGACUUUCACCACUGCUGUGCAAUGGCAAUAGGUACAGUAGUUCAAUGAUCUGAUUGAGAACUCAUCCUCAUGCUUGUAUGGUUUGAUAGGAUUUGUGGGCAACUGAAAGAGUUCAAAUGGUUUUGGGACAGGGUUUUACAACACUGCAUUAAUCUACUGUACCACUGAUUAUCCUCUGCCCCCCCCCCCUUCUCUCCAGACCAGCUGUAGUCAAAGCCAUAAUGUGUCUGACACCAUGACUUUCUUCCAUCAUCCCUUCAUCACUCUCAAAAGGCAAUCAAAUACAGUAGGUCAAGAUUUUCUGACUGUUUAGCAUUGGCAUCAACAUUUAUCUUCUACAUGCUAGUACAUACUCUCCUCCCCUUUCUGUUCACACCUUUGUGAUACUGCACAGUAGAUGUAGAAGCUUUGAUAACCGGCUUUAUUCAACUGUCAUUGUGCCACAGCAACAGAGUAACAUUGGACUACCUUUCUUUGUACUGUUAAAAAAACUCAUACAUUGAUCUGCAUAAGCUAUACAAGACAACACCUUUGACUCUCUGAAGGCCCAGGCACAACAAUGGUACUAUGAAGUGGCCACUGAGUCGUUGCUAUACAUUGAAGCAGAACUACUGUUUGAACAGCUUGUUUUUGCUCUCCCAUUUAGUGCCAGACCUGGGAGUGUCCCAGCAGUGUCUGUGAUGUCUGCAGCAAAGCCUAAUGUGAUUUAGCUGGAGCUGUUUGGGGCAAAAAGAAAGAAGCAGCUUUUCUCAGCUUUUUACAUUCGCAUGGCAACGCUAACAGCCAAUCUAGGAAGUUGGGACAAAAACAAGCUGAGGCGUUGGAACAGACGAUUAUCUAUAGUUGCUCAGAAAGGGGUUAUAAUUCUGGUUUCUGUGGCAGUCUGUAGAGAGAAUAUCACUAGCUACUAGGAAUUGAUUUGUUUACAGCAGAUAUGAGGAACUUCCAAAGCUGUUGUAGAGCAGCAGUACAGUAUGACAGGCCACUGACAUCAUCCCACAUGCUGUAUGACCAAUGUUCCAUUAACUUAUCUCCUUUGUUUAUCAGUUAGUGUAUUUAUUUUGUACAUGUUUUAAUUGUAUAAUAUAAUAUGCAGGUGGUUGAGUUCUUUGUGGCCAGCCUAAGCUUACUUUGCCACACGGGUAUUAUUAUGCUUUGAAAGUUGUUUUGUCUGUUGUAACUACUGCAUUUGGCAUGUUGAGUGUGCAAGGAUAAUGUGUGAUGAUGGCAGUGUGUGUGCAGGCGCAUGCAUAUGUUAAGAUUUUAUUACCACCAUGGUUGUAAUAUGAGUGCUAUGGGAAGAUGGGAAAGGUGUCUGUGUAUGAGUGCAAAAUAACUGUUACUCCUUGAACUAUACGUCAUUGUCACUGAUGCAAUGCCCUAUACUAUACAUCAUGUAGACUGGAUUGCUCUGGAUAACAAAGAAAAUGAAAAUCACUCUUAAUCAGCUGAAUAUCGCGGCAUGUGUUACAUUAGUAACUGUUGUUAGUAAGUGUGUGUUACUCAGAGGUACUGGUCAAAGCAAUUUGCAUUUAAUUUAGGUUCAAGCCACAGUAAUGGCUUGGGUUCUGUGGUCAGUGAACACUGGGUGUGUUUAGACAGGCAGCCCAGUUCAGAUUAUAUUUUUUUCCACUAAUUGGUCUUUUGACCAAUCACAUCAGAUAUUUUUCAGAGCUAAUCUGAUUGGUCAAAAGACUAAUUAGUGAAAAAGAAAGAUCAGAAUUGGGUUACCUGUUUGAACGUAGCCCUUGUGGAUUUUGAGUUACUGCACUGUUUGCCUGUGUUCACUGGUGGGUUUUCAAUUAUCAAAGAGAUUCCCACACAGGUAAUAAUGAUUUGAAUGGAAUAGGGAUUUGUCUCAAACUACCCCCUGUCCCUUCACUUUUAAUCCAGUUCAGCCUAUCAGAUGUCUACCACUUGAGGUUAGUGUGGUCACCAUUUAGGCGAGAUCAUUUGGGUUUGCGCUUUAUUCAAACCUACUGUUAUACUACCUUCUUGUGGCUGUUAUAAGCAUGAUGUAAUUUAUGACAUAACAGGUUAUAAAAGUUUACAGAAUAUCCUAUAAUAUUAUAAAGAGUGGAAUUCGAUCUUGAAAGUUCAACUUUUUAUUUCCUGAUACUGUGAUGGGGUUAUGAUGACAUUAUUAUAGAAGUUAUGUUUGGUUGGCCAGUUGUGCUCAGCUUUAGGCCAUGCUCAUAGCAGUGAACAGUAGGCCAUGUGGUGGAUUUAAGUGCUGUCAAAAUGAGCGUCUUCACCAAAUACUCCAUCACCACUGAUGCUAUGCUUAAAGCUACUGCACUAGGUUUGAUUGUUUGCGUCAUUGUUUUGAUUUUGUGUUUUUAUAUUUCUACAUAAGUGCCUUAACCUUGGCCUUAGCUCUGGCUGUCCUAACUGCAUUGUAGGCUUUGCAGAGUCAUUGUGACUGGAAAGGCCACUUGCCCUCUGCCCCCAAAAUAACAAUCCUGAUGCCCCUUGUAAGCUACGUCUUGGCUCACACAAACCCACAAAGUACACAUGUUCACACACAAGCUCUCACUCCACACUUGCAUAUGCUUGACAAGCUCAUCAGUUGCUAGGGUGAUCUAUUAUUGAGACCAAAGUCUGAGGGGUUUAUUUAGACAAAUAAGCACAGAACCGAGUCUUAUAUCUACAUUCCCAGGCAUCUUAGGGUUCACCUGCCCUUACUGACAAUCCUUUAACUGGUCAAUGCUUUGAGAGUGUGAUGGAGAAAGCUGGAUAUAGAGACAUAGGAAGAGGGGGAUACUUGCAGUAGUUCAUGUCAAGAGUACAAGUUGCCAUCUUUCCUUGAUGUUCACCCCUUACCAUAAGAUGUUUUUGCAUAUAAGCCAAGGUAUGAAUGAGUGAAACCGCCUAAUACAUACAUAAUCAAGUUGAGUGAUUUUUGUUACAUUUGUUUUUGUACUUUUUUUGGGUGUUUUCUUUUUUUAAGCUGUGACUUAUUGUUUGCACUGGCUAUGUUGUGUGAUGCCUUUUUUCUAUGAUAUUUUGUUUUAUUUUUUACAUUUUGUUAAAAGGAUGUCCAGUCAAUGUGUAUCAUGGAAAUAAAUACUUUCCUAUUUUCUGGCCUGUACUGGAUCAUACUGCACACUGAACGGAGAGGAGACCAUCCAUCAUCUGACACUACAUGCACAUAGACCAUUGGUUCCCAAUCUUUUCUGAAUCACACCUAGGGUUGCAAAUAAAUUCCAUGGUUUUCCAGACAUCCUGGUUGGAGGAUUCCGGGUUUCCUGCUUAUCCUCUCCUGGACUCUUUUCUUGCUCACAGGGAACAGCAGUAUCUGUUUGCCUUUGGCCUUUUGCACGGCCUUAUUAGUUAACAACACAAGGCAGAACUCUUAUUGAGUUAGUCAAAUUAACUAAUUGUGACAUUACGGGAUGGGCAGGGAGGAGAAUGGGAGCAGGAGGAGACUGGUGACAGUGGAAGAAGGAUCCCUCCAACAAAAAUACUCUGUAGUCCUUCAGGGCGACAGGCUAGACAGGCAGGCCUGCCGCUUACACAACUCAGACGGGUGAGUGCCUCCCUACCUCUGCUCUGCAUCUCAGAUGACAUGAAGCAAAUGCUGUAACAUUAUGACAGACAUAGACUUUAUGCAUAGGUUACAUCAAUUCUAAUUGAGCUUUGUUUGUUGAUGUGUGAAAGUAGGAUGAGUGUGUUCAGCGUUGCCCUUUUAUUAGACAAAAUUGUGUAUUUGGUUGAAUGUAAAGAUAGUCAGGUGAUGUGUUGAUAAUACUGGACCUGGGUUUGGGUUAAACAGAUGAGGAGCAACGUUAGUCUCAAUUCUCUGGGCUAUUGACCAGAGCAGCAUAUUAUUUGAUGAUAUUCUGAGUGACACACACAUUUUUGCAUCCACGCGUCAGUCAACUUGGUGCAUGUGCCUCAGUUGUUUAUGUCAUGAUGUAACUCCUGGGUAAAGAAAUUGACACACUCAACCAUCCACUACGUCCAUGGCCAUGAUGAUUCAGAGCUAUAUUCAACUCCAUGUUUGCGCCUCAAUGGGCUGUUCUGAAGUUGGCCACAAAGGUAUUUGUGUAGUUAUCUUUUUAUGGCCUACCACAUAUGAUUGAAUAGCAGCCUUUAUUGUUACACUAGGCUCUGCAUAGCGGUUACCUUUUUUACCUGUUCUCUUAUUCGCUCUUUUGAAUGGUGCAUCAUACUAGGCACUUAUUUCCAUAAGGGCCUGGGACUGUUUUUGUUUCAGAACAGUUUAUGUUGGGACUUUCGGGAGUUGCUAAUAGUUUGUUCUCUUUGAGUCACGUCUCUCAUAAAUGCUCGGUGUCCUCGCAGAGAAACUAAGGGAAGGAGGGAGGAUAUUUGGUUGAGGCUGUUGUCACAGACGCCUCCCACAGUUGCCAGCUGCUGCCAUGAGAAGAUCCUCGACCCUGCACACAUCCAUCUCAAAAUAACCCCUUAGAUACAAGCCGGAAGGAACUCUGCAAUGCGCAUAUAUAUAACUCAAAAACCCAACCUCAGACAGGCAAUUGCUUUAAAUGAGAAUGACAGAUCAUAUGUGAAUUUGGUUGGGUCGCCCAAAAAGUUAGAUAUUGCAUCUUUAACAUACAUUCAUUGUAAGUGAUUAUAAGUUCUUAUUUCAUAGAAAUCUGGAAACACUGGGCAGUUACUUUGAUAGCUGAAGGUUAAACGUGUUUAACGUGUUUAGAUCACUUACUUCACUUAACAGCUGAGCCUAAAUCAAACGCAAAAAAUGAUCUCAUAGCAAAUUCUACCAUUAUUAAAACAUUGAUCACUGCAGGCCUGGGUUUAAUGCAGUAUAACUGAUAUUGUCUGGGGGGCUUACUGGAAUAGUGUUUAAUAUAUAAGUAGCCCUGGACAAGUGGCUCUCAGCACCACUUAAGCCUGAAAUAGCUGAAGAGGCAGCGGGGUAGGAUUAGUGAUGCAGGGUCAAGAGGUUCAGUCACCUGUCUGUCCUCAAUCAUGCCUGGAACAUGGAAAUGGAAUUAAAGGCUACUGGAUGUCUUCAUUUGGUUUCCUUCAAUUAUAUGUUUAGUCACUGUCCAUGUUGUAGUCUACUAAAUCAACACCCUAUGAAAAUAAAACAUGUAUUGCUACAUUUGUAGGCAAGGCAGCAGCUACUCUUCCUGGGGUCCAGCUAAAUUAAGGCAGUUAUACAUUUUAAAAACAUUACAAUACACUCAUAACAUAUUUCACAACAUAUUAAGUGUGUGCCCUCAGGCCUCUACUCUACUACCACGUAUCUAUAACACAAAAUCCACGUGUACAUGUGUGUAUAGUGCGUCUGUUAUCGUGUGUUUGUAUGCAUGUGUCUAUGUUUGUGUUGCUUCACAUAUGCUGUUAAGGACAUGGUAUCACAUUUCUGUGUCAUAGAGACAGUUACUGUGAUGACACACAGUGAGCAUUCACAUCCAAUAGGCCUAUGCACAUUUCAGAAGGUUUCGCCAUGGUGUAAAUGCCAAGUGUUUACUACAGACAAUAAACCGACCUUAGUGUGAUCGUCAUUUGAGGACAUAAUACUUCGUAUUUUUGUUUGUAACCUAGAACUACUAAGAAACAGCAUGCCAUUUUAAAGCCUGUUGAGCUUUUGUUCCUCUCAAAUAAUCUCCCCUCGGCCAUCCAUCACAUCAGUCGUAAAACUAUGUCCUGACCAGUUCCCAGACUGACAAUCCUGUUCCAAAGUCAAAACCCUUGUGACUCUGAUCUGUUUUCCAGCUGACCUUUCCCUGGUCCUCGUUGUCAUAACAAUCAUAAACAAUCAAUUGGUUUAAUUCUGUCUAAUGCCUUACUGUAAUAUUCUAAGAGUGCGCUUAGAUCAUGCUCUUACUGUAGAUAUCUCAGUAUGCCUUACUGAUUUAUUUUCAAUGGGAAAUGGGCAUUGGUUUUGUUCUGUUCAUGUUCCAAACAGCCCUCAGUGUUUGAACUUGGCACCAGGCUGGUGACUGAUCUAUUAUCCCAGUUGUCCUGUUUCCUUUUUGGCCCUGGCCUGUGACUCACCGGUGGCAGUGAGAGCCACUUUAAUUAUAGCGCCACAACAUUCCAGCAGGACAGAAUGAGGAGAGAUAGAAAUAGUUCACUGGAGAGAGUGGGGUGGGGUGGGGUGGGGGGGGAGAAAGUAAUAUAUUUUAUUCCUAUCCUAUCUUCAAUUUAUAUACAGAAAUAUGGAAAGUGAGAGAGAGAGAUAGGGGGUGAGCGAGUCAGACAGGGAGAGGCUUGGCACAAGGCCUUCUGUCAAAUUAAGAGAUAGGCAAGCAGCAUGCUACUGUUCACUCUGAGUCGUUCCUUGACCACUGCUGUGUCUUGACGUGUAUCUCUCUCCUCCUAUAGAGAAGAAAAAAAGAACAUCAACCAAUGGGUCAGAAACUUAACAAAGUGUUGGAAAAGGAAGGAGUCUCAACAAAAGCCUCCAAUGGAGGUGAACAGUCGAAGCAGGGGGGAGAAGAGGGCCUUGAGGCACAGUCGGAGCCCAGUGAACAGGGCAGCGGUAGUCGUAGUGAUGGGACUGGGAGCUAUGGUAUAGCAGAGGGACUUAGUGUCAGCAGCAGCCUGGCCACUGAGCAGGCUGCUGCCCUGACAGACACCCUCAGUAAGGAGCCAAUGAGCCCCGCUCUAGGCAAGGAAAAGAGCCCUUUGACCGCGGGGGGAGGGAACGAGGGAGGGGACAGAGAAGACAGGGCUGUCACACGUAAUACAGACAAGCCAGAAAGUAUCCUGAGCUCUGAAAGGAGCACACAGCGCUCAGAGCCCAAAACACAGAAGAAAGCUGCGGAUAGUAAGAAAAGGGUGAGUACUGGGAUAGGAGCUACAAUGGAAGGACAAGUGAGAAGUAAAUACCCUGCUGGUGGUGGGCACAGAGACUCAGAUACAGAGGACAUGACAGAUAGGUCUAACACAGAGGACUUGAUCUCAGAACCUACCAAGGAGGACUUCGUACUUCUGGAGAAGGAUGAAUCGUGGAUAUCGUCUGAUGUGAGCAGCGCGAUUGCUGAUAGCAGGGACAAAGAGAAGGAAAAGACACAGUCUUCUGUAAAAAUAAUAGUGGAGGAGGAUACGACUUCUGCCGCUGGUGUGAAUAUAUCUCAAGACCUUCCAAUGUCGCCUACUGACCCACAGAGGAACGUUUAUUCUGCUGUGGAUGAUCACAGGCUCAGUGAGGAUAGACUUCGGAGAGCUUCAGGAAAGAAACACCAGGAAUCACCUUUGGGCAACGAAACAAACAAAACACAGAAUUUGCCACAAGUAACACGGGAUGAGGAUACAAGCAGCACUGUAAACACUUCUUGUGUUAUUUCCAGUAAAGGCAGCAGUGGUUGCGAGGCACAAAACCAACGUUCACAAACAGACUGUUCGGAAAGAGCAGAUCCACAUUUGGCUGAACCGGCAGGCAUCGGGUGUCCCCCAAAGAAGGCUGAACGAACUGAAGCUGUCAAAGCUAUUUCAGAGAAGGAGUCCGGAAUUACUGCAGUUUGUGAUCUCAAAACAGGCAUUCAAGGCAAAGAACCAGCCCUCUUGAGUAUUGAAUCAACUCAUGCCAAUUCCAAGUCAAAUGAUAUAAAUAAUAAAUUCCCUGAUGAUAAAGACUGCACUCGUGAUGAUUUGGUCUUAUUGAAUAUAGAAGAAGAACGUGAUGAGAAAACAGAGGCAUUAUUCGCGCUCAACACAAAAACGAAGCCAGACAAACGCUGGGAAAAGACAGAUCCCGUUAAGAGGGGUUCACAAACUGAUAAAGAGAAGAAGGCCACAGCCACAGUCCCAGAUGAGCAUCCACAGGUAAAAGACACACAGAGAAGGGAAGUAAAAAGAGACUGUGUCACAGACAACAGAAUUGGGCCAUGUGAGUCAAAUCAGUGUGAACCUGAAGUACACAUGUCAUCUUCAACAGGUGUCCCAGGAUAUCUAAAACCACCACAUCUUCCUCAGCCUCCACCAAGGCCAAAGGCCAAAGGUACAGACAUAUGUGGGAAAUCUAUUCAUUCACAAAUAGGUGUAAAAAAGUUUGAUAAUGUAGAGAGCAAUGAUGUUAGUGUCUCCUUGCAACAGCAAACUACAACUUAUACUGGAAAAGCAAAAGCAGUAUCCUCUUCCACUGACACAUGCACCUCCAUCACCAAGCAUCGACAUUUAGGUGAUGAGCAGUCUCAGAGAAAGUCUGCCUCGUCCUCAUGCUCAUUAGAACAAUGCAAUGUGAUUCCCUCCCCUCCUCUGUCUGUGCCAACUCUAGAGGAUAGUGAUGGGCAGAGCCAGACUGUUCCCAUGCAGAGGGAGAGAGAGCCUGUCUGUUACACUCAUGUCAUCACCCCACCACCCAUCACUCACCUUCUGCCUGAGAGGGAGAUGAAGAACGCAGUGCCAACACAACAUAACAACAGUAUGGAUUUCACCCAGCCAGAGGACAGAACGACAGGUGCCUCUAUAGAUCCUUCUGUUCCAGGGGAGAGGCCUAAACCGAAGGGGCCUCCUCCACCUGUCCCAAAAAAGCCCCAAAAUCCCUUCGUUAAGAUUCCAGCAACAACACGCUCUAUGGAUGAACAGAAAAGAGGUGAUGAUUAUCACCACAAAGAGAAGAAGAAGAAGAGGAGGAGACAUCCACAUCAAGUCUGCAAAGGAAAUGCUUACGACACAGCUUCUCGGGACAUGUGUGUGUUAUGGGACGACACAGGUUCUGCUUACACUGUACCAUCCAACGUGUACACGCCAGAUAAUUUUGAUUCAAUGGAUGAUUUUCCACAACGACAAAGGGCACCAACUAGAGAGGAAAAGUAUAGAAAUAUCAUCGAUUUUGAUGCUUGGGCAAGAAUGGUCAAACUUGCUGCGGAAGAGGAGAAACCAAAACAACUUGACAUGUUGGACGGACGACCUUUUUUGGAAAAGCAGGCUAAACUCAAAGGCCCACCUCCUCCAGUACCCCAAAAGCCCAAAAAGCCAUUUCUUCCAUUAGAAACGGUUCCAAUCUCAGAGGACAUAGCUUGGCCUUCAGAUGACGAGGAGAUACGAGAACUAGAGCUGGCCUUGUGUGAGAGAAUGGAAGAUGAAGAUGAUGACCCUGAACCCCAACCUGACACGGUCAGCACAGAUGUCCGUUGGAAGAGCCUCAGUGACCACAGUGACCGUAGAAUCCAUAGUGGUCUUGGUGAGCGUAGUGAUCGUGAGUCUGUGGCUGAGCUUGAAACUGAGACAUACAGGCCUGUGGCUGAGCUCAUAAAGGAGACCAACCAGAUGCACCAGAGGAUCAGGCAUGCAGACCGGACAGAACUCCUCACGGCCAAGUCCGUGAUAAGGCACGCAGACCGGACAGAACCCCUCACGGCCAAGUCCAUGAUCAGGCACGCAGACCGGACGGAACCCCUCACGGCCAAGUCCAUGAUCAGGCACGCAGACCGGACAGAACCCCUCACGGCCAAGUCCAUGAUCAGGCACGCAGACCGGACGGAACCCCUCACGGCCAAGUCCAUUGACAGGGCUGUGGACCUGGGCCAGAGCCUGAAAGUAUCACAGAUGAAGAAGGCCUUCGAUGUCACUAAGAAGCCAACUGAAAAACCACCAGAGACAAAGCCUGAACCCAAAAAAGGUAAGAAAGUGCUUUGGAUCAAAUACUCUCCCUGUCUGUCUCUUUUAUCUAUAUGUCUCUCCCUCCCUCCCUCCCUCCCCCCCCCUCCCUCUAUAUGUGUGUGUGUGUCUCUCUCUCAUUCACACACACACAAAAACGCACACACACAUCCAUGUGAGGAACUUGAGUUAUAAAGAAGCUAUUUCUGUCAGAUUGCAGUCUGGUUUUGAGCACCACUUGCAAGUCAAUGAGUCACACUUGUCCUUUGAAACUAUGGAGCGUACUGUACGCAUGAGAAUGUGUUAGUCAGGCCUUUGGGUUCAGUCGUACUGUACAUAGAACAGUCCUGUGUCCCGUGUGGAUCAGUUCGUAAAGCAUGACGCUUGCAACACUAGGGUUGUGGGUUCCAUUCCCAUUGGGGACCAGAACAAAAAAAGUACACAAAAUGUAUGCACCCACUACUGUAAAUCGCUCUGGAUAAGAGCGUCUGCUAAAUGACUUAAAUGUAAUAGAGUACCACAGUAUGAGUCAUAAUACCCAUAAAACCUAGAGGUCAAACAGGGAAAUGGUUCCAAUCGUUUUUCCGCCAUUCAUUUUUCCCAUAGGGGAUUUUUAAAACACUUAAAACAAGGUCUGUGUUUCGUGUAGGCUUACCCUGGCAUGACAUUUGAUAACCAUGUAAAUCUCUAGGACAAGGUGACUUUUAUCAAUAUAUUCGCCUGUAUUUACCCCCCCCCCCCCCCCCCCCCCCAAUGAAAUGCUACAAUUUUGUGAACUGUCUUGUGCUUGUUUUAAAUUGACACAAUACCUGCUGGCAAAGGUAUCAGCUAGAGAUGACAUGCAGGCACUUGCAGGGAUUUGUAGUUUUGCAUGAUGUCUACUUUGAUGCUAGUUAGCAUUUUCGAAUCUGAGAGUAAAUAGAGCCGAAAUAUAUUGAUAAAAGUCACCUUGUCCGAGAGAGAUUUACAUGGUUAUCAAAACGUCACGCCAGGGUAAGCAUACACGAAAUACAGCCCUUAUUUUUAAGUGUUUCUAAAAUCCUCUAUGGGAAAAAUGAAUGGUGGAAAAACGGAUUGGAGCAUUUUCCCUAUUUGACCACUAGGUGUUAUGGGUAUUAUGACACCUCCACUGUGGGGUUCUAUUGAACAAAUUUACAUUGACCAAGUGCAAACAUCUGAGAAAUGUGGUAAGCAGGAUAGCAUGAAUGAAUAAAUGUGGAGCUGCCUGCCCUGCCAUUCUCAGAAUCACCACUUGCAGGCGCACUAAACAAAAUAAAGGCCAUUAGGUGACAUUCAAGAUGAGUAUUAUUUUCCUUGAAAAUAAUGGCACAUUUUGUACUAUUUUCUUUUGCUGUUGGUUUUGAAUUAGCUGUCUUUGGGGUUAUUGAAGUUUAACUUUAUGUCCAAUCUAGCAGGGCAUGGGUUCAAGUGGGCAAUUAAAAAAUAAAUUAGGCUAAGUCUGUAGCCAAUACUCAAUCAUUUCUGAGACCAUUGGCAUUGGGCAAGUUCGUUUAGCAUGGUCCGUUUCCCCAGGUGAGUGGAGAUUUAACCUAAGGACCAAUGGAAUGGUAUAAAAUAUGCAAACUCCGCCCAACAACGGCACCGGACCUUGCAAAACGAACACGCCCAUUCUUCCUCAAAAAUUCUGUCCAUGAUCUAGGCAGUUUUUUAAAAUUAUUAUUAUAAGCCUACUUGUGUCAGUGUUGGUGAUGCUUUCAUAGACUCACUUAAUAAUUUUCACUGGAGCAAAAUGCAAAUUUUUUUUAUUAAAAGGGUAUCUUUAUCAUAUAAAUAAGACAAUUGUUAUCCUAGAAUUCCUCGUAUGUAAGAGGCGGGGAUGGAACAGGGCGUUGCUUCCGGUUCAUAGAAGUGGAGUCUGGAGGGAAAGAAGAAUACUCGAACGGCAAAUCGAGUGUAACAAGGAAAAUCCUAACGGACGAAGGCUAAACUACCAUAUUCAUGUUUUCAUAUUGAUUACCUCGCGUUCACGGAAAAUUUCGCAUAGAUUUAGGAGGUAAGGAAAAUAGACCGGUCUGUAUUUGCAGUAAACAUCUUGCUGCUAGCUAACCUACCCGGCUGUGCACCGUUUAUGAAUGGUAACAGCCAGAGCCAUGGAUAAAAUAUGCACUUUUGUUAUAAUAGCUCGCUGGCGGUGUCUAUCAUGCUCCAAAUUCUAGCCGAUAGCAUCUUCAUGUAAAUUAAUGAGCAUCUUUAUCGAUGCAUUUAUUAGACAACGCUUUAGCAUGUCUUUGUUAACCUCAUUUAUUCUCCUGGGUGUUGAUCUGCCUUUGAAAAUCAUUACUAAUGAAUUGCACAUAAGGAAGUAGCUAGCAUUUUUUCUAGCCACACAAUGCAUGGCUAUUGUCCACCUUUACAGCGUAUGGAAUCAAGAAUAGCCUGCCUAGCUAUGCUCUAUGGUCAAAUGUGUUGGUUUAUUAUUACACUGUACUUCAAUUUCUGCUUUGACCAAUCACCUGUAUUAAUCAGAAGCAUACAUGCAUAUUACAGCACAGGACCCAGUCAUCUAGUUAAUUAAAUAAUAGCUAGCUAACGUUACACAUUGCUUAGAUAGCUAGCUACAUGAUCUGUUGUAGCUGCUGUUAACAACGCGGGUAUAUUUAAACACACUAGCGUUGCUUUCAAUUGUAUUGGGUUGCACAAAAACAGUCCGCGGGAAGCCAGAAGUUAAAUACAAUUCCAUUUCAACUUACUGUGCCAGUGGGCAGAACGGUUGGUCAUUAUGACGGGGGAAUUUGAUACAAAAUAUUUAAAGGAUCAUAUUAUUAAACAGACUUUCCAAACGUUGGUCUGUUGUAGACCCACUUCUUCUCCGCUUACCUCAUGUCAAAAUAAAAGUCCUGCACAUGCGCCAUAAGAUGUGGACAAAAAAGGAAAAACUUGUUUUGACAUGAGGUAAGCAGAUAGGAAGUGGGUCUACAAAAGCCACGUUUGUAAAGUCUGUUUAAUAAUAUCAUAUUUUAGAUAUUUUGUCUCAGAAGGAAGUGGGUCUACAAAAAACCCACGUUUGGAAAGUCUGUUUUAAUAAUAUAAUCCUUUAGAUAUUUUGUCUCAAAUUCCCCCCCCCCCCCCCUCAUAAUGACCAACCUUCCUGCCCACCGGUACAGUAAGUUGGAAUGGAAUUGUAGUUAACUUCUGGCUUCCCGCAGACUGUUUUUGUGCAACCCAAUACAAUUGAAAGCAACGCUAGUGUAUGUAAAUACAGCAGUCUGUGGCAGUCAAUUGUGUGUCCAAUGAUGUGCAUGAUGUCCAGUCUAAUAGGUCAUAAACUGAUAAUAGAUGCCACUGUGGUGGGGUUGUCUCAGUUCAAUUCUAGACUAGAGUUAUCAGUCUGUCUACUGCACCUCUUCUUGCCAGGAAAGAGUAAGCAUAUGGCCUACCAUUGACUGACCACAAUUUAUCAUUUUGAACACAAAUGCAUUAAUUUGGUUAGAUAAUGUGUCCUUUAGUCUACCUCCCAAUACCUAGGGCCUACUAUAGCUAAUGUUUUGGAUCACUUGUAUAAAUUGAUCAUGAUCUGUUUCUAUGGGUUUAGUUGCACGAUUUAGGAUGUAUGCACACAUGACUGUAAGUCGCUUUGGAUAAAAGUGUCUGCUAAAUGGCAUAUUAUAUUAUUAUUGUUAUUAUAAAUUAAAGUCUAUCAGGGGUGAGAAAAUACAUGAUCCACCUCUGUUUAGCAGCAGAAUAUAUUUGACUAUAGAACUUGCUGACAGACAUAACUGUGACCUAUAGAUGCCAUAAUGUUGUGCAUAGUAAACGUAUGUAUGACCCUUCCAUUCCAGUUAGAUGCACAGCUUCAACUGUGACUCGAUAAGAUAAAUGGAAGGGUGAUUCCAUGUCUCGGAUUGAAGUACUGUGAGAUAUGCUGUUCAGUCAGUAAAAGGAUGAAGAAGACCAUAGGGGUGCUGAUAUGUAUGUUGGAGUGGUGCUACCCCAGAGUGGUGCUACCCCAGAGUUAGUGGUCCUCUGUAGCUCAGCUGGUAGAGCACGGCGCUUAUAACGCCAAGGUAGUGGGUUCGAUCCCCGGGACCACCCAUACACAAAAAAUUUAUGCACGCAUGACUGUAAGUCGCUUUGGAUAAAAGCGUCUGCUAAAUGGCAUAUUAUUAGUCCUUUAUGUGCCAUUCUGCUCUCUGGAAAGUAGGUGAUCAUGCUGAGGGAAAUUAGGCAUGUGACGUGUGGAGCACAUCUUGUUAGACGGUUCAUGUAUGUGAGAGGAGAGCCUCUCCAAAAUGAAUCAUCAGGCCUGAAACUAAAAAUGGAACAACGUGUUCUGUUUGUCAAACCCUGCAUGUCCUUCUCUGACUGCAUGAUGCAGUUGUAGUAAUGCAGGCGUUGGUCAUAUAGCCACAGUAUCAUAGGAAUAGCUUAUGUCCUGUACCCAAGGCUUUGACCCAGGAGGAUAUUUGAACAAACAGGAUAUUUUAACACUUGCUGUGUUAAUGGCGGUUCCUGCUCCAAGAGAGAUCGACGUGUGACUAGGAGGGUCUUCAGGACAAAUGGAUGCUAUCCUAUGUUUAGGCUAAUAUGAUUUAUAUGAAAUAUAAAUAAAUAAUGUAUUAUUUGUUCACUGGCCCCAUUUCUUCAGAAGGAUGCAAACCCAUGACCUGAGUAUACUGUAUGAGUUGGGAGAUGGGCUUGGUUGCGCUCAGUCAGAAGAAUGUAACGCCGUAGCUCUAGAGCGAGGACAGCCCAUUGAUACAUGUACCAGCUCCUUGUAUAAUAAAAACGACCUUGAUUAAACACCUUUUAUAAUUGAAAGACCAUCUCUUCCCUCCGCAUGUAGUAUACUCUGAUUAGUCUCUUCACCACAGGGACAGCUUCUGUGUUAUUCAGACCAGUUCUGUCUGUACUACCAUUCAAAAUGAGAGCUCAGAGCUCCCAACAACAAACUAUCAGAUUCUACCCAGUGCUUACAUCAGGUCAAUUGAUAGGCUAUUCACUGCAUUCUGGUUAUCCUUACAAGAUUGUGAGGUCAUCAGUGAACAUUCUGAAUAGAUGUUGAAGGUAGCAGCAUCUGGGUUAAUACUAGCGCUGGGAAUUGCCAGGGACCUCACGCUACGAUAUUAUCACGAUACUUAGGUGCCGAUACGAUAUGUAUUAUGAUUCUCACGGUUCUGUAUGUAUUGCAAUUUGAAGUUCCAAACAUAUUGCUCACUAUAUUUCUGCUGCAGAGAUACUACAGAGAGCAUGAGAAAAUGAGUUUUUUUUAUUAUUAUUUUUUAUUUAACCUUUAUUUAACCAGGUAAGCCAGUUGAGAACAGGUUCUCAUUUACAACUGCGACCUGGCCAAGAUAAAGCAAAGUAGUGCAAUAAAAACAACAACACAGAGUUACAUAUGGGGUAAAAAACAUAAAGUCAGAAAUACAACAGAAAAUAUAUAUACAGUGUGUGCAAAUGUAGCAAGUUAUGGAGGUAAGGCAAUAAAUAGGCUAUAGUGCAGAAUAAUUACAAUAGUAUUAACACUGGAAUGCUAGAUGUGCAAGAGAUUAUGUGCAAAUAGAGAUACUGGGGUGCAAAAUAGCAAAAUAAAUAACAAUAUAGGGAUGAGGUAGUUGGGUGGGCUAAUUUCAGAUGGGCUGUGUACAGGUGCAGUGAUCGGUAAGGUGGUCUGACAACUGAUGCUUAAAGUUAUUGAGGGAGAUAAGAGUCUCCAGCUUCAGAGAUUUUUGCAAUUCGUUCCAGUCAUUGGCAGCAGAGAACUGGAAGGAAUGGCGGCCAAAGGAGGUGUUGGCUUUGGGAAUGACCAGUGAGAUAUACCUGCUGGAGCGCAGACUACGGGUGGGUGCUGCUAUGGUGACCAAUGAGCUAAGAUAAGGCGGGGAUUUGCCUAGCAGUGAUUUAUAGAUGGCCUGGAGCCAGUGGGUUUGACGACGAACAUGUAGUGAGGACCAGCCAACAAGAGCGUACAGGUCACAGUGGUGGGUAGUGUAUGGGGCUUUGGAGACAAAACGGAUGGCACUGUGAUAGACUACAUCCAAUUUGCUGAGUAGAGUGUUGGAGGCUAUUUUGUAAAUGACAUCGCCGAAGUCAAGGAUCGGUAGGAUAGUCAGUUUUACGAGGGCAUGUUUGGCAGCAUGAGUGAAGGAGGCUUUGUUGCGAAAUAGGAAGCCGAUUCUAGAUUUAACUUUGGAUUGGAGAUUCUUUAUGCGAGUCUGGAAGUUGAGUUUACAGUCUAACCAGACACCUAGGUAUUUGUAGUUGUCCACAUACUCUAGGUCAGACCCGUCGAGAGUGGUGAUUCUAGUCGGGUGGGCGGGUGCCAGCAGCGUUCGAUUGAAAAGCAUGCAUUUAGUUUUACUAGUGUUUAAGAGCAGUUGGAGGCUACUGAAGGAUUGUUGUAUGGCAUUGAAGCUCGUUUGGAGGUUUGUUAACACAGUGUCCAAUGAAGGGCCAGAUGUAUACAAAAUGGUGUCGUCUGCGUAGAGGUGGAUCUGAGAGUCACCAGCAGCAAGAGCGACAUCAUUGAUAUACACGGAGAAAAGUGUCGGCCCAAGAAUUGAACCCUGUGGCACCCCCAUAGAGACUGCCAUAGGUCCAGACAACAGGCCCUCCGAUUUGACACACUGAACUCUAUCUGAGAAGUAGUUGGUGAACCAGGCGAGGCAGUCAUUUGAGAAACCAAGGCUAUUUAGUCUGCCAAUAAGAAUGCGGUGGUUGACAGUCGAAAGCCUUGGCCAGGUCGAUGAAGACAGCUGCACAGUACUGUCUAUUAUCAAUCGCGGUUAUAAUAUCGUUUAGGACCUUGAGCGUGGCUGAAGUGCACCCGUGACCAGCUCGGAAACCGGAUUGCAUAGCGGAGAAGGUACGGUGGUAUUCGAAAUGGUCGAUGAUCUGUUUGUUAACUUGGCUUUCGAAUACUUUCGAAAGGCAGGGCAGGAUGGAUAUAGGUCUGUAGCAGUUUGGAUCUAGAGUGUCACCCCCUUUGAAGAGGGGGAUGACCGCGGCAGCUUUCCAAUCUCUGGGGAUCUCAGACGUUAUGAAAGAGAGGUUGAACAGACUAGUAAUAGGGGUUGCGACAAUUUCGGCGGCUAGUUUUAGAAAGAAAGGGUCCAGAUUGUCUAGCCCAGCUGAUUUGUAGGGGUCCAGAUUUUGCAGCGCUUUCAAAACAUCAGCUGUCUGAAUUUGUGUGAAGGAGAAGCGGGGGGGGCAUGGGCAAGUUGCAGCAGAGGGUGCAGAGUUGGUGGCCGGGUUAGUGGUAGCCAGAUGGAAAGCAUGGCCAGCUGUAGCAAAAUGCUUGUUGAAAUUCUCGAUUAUUGUAGAUUUAUCGGUGGUGAUAGUGUUUCCUAGCCUCAGUGCAGUGGGCAGCUGGGAGGAAGUGCUCUUAUUCUCCAUGGACUUUACAGUGUCCCAAAACUUUUUGGAGUUAGUGCUACAGGAUGCAAAUUUCUGUUUGAAAAAGUUAGCCUUUGCUUUCCUGACUGCUUGUGUAUAUUGGUUCCUAACUUCCCUGAAAAGUUGCAUAUCGCGGGGGCUAUUUGAUGCUAAUGCUGUACGCCACAGGAUGUUUUUGUGCUGGUCAAGGGCAGUCAAGUCUGAGGAGAACCAGGGGCUAUAUCGGUUCUUAGUUCUGUAUUUUUUGAAUGGGGCAUGUUUAUUUAAGAUUGAGAGGAAAUUACUUUUAAGGAACAACCAGGCAUCCUCUACUGACGGAAUGAGAUCUAUAUCCAUCCAGGAUACCUGGGCCAGGUCAAUUAGGAAGGCCUCCUCGCUAAAGUGUUUUAGGGAGCGUUUGACAGUGAUGAGGGGUGGUCGUUUGACCGCGGACCCGUUACGGACGCAGGCAAUAAGGCAGUGAUCGCUGAGAUCCUGGUUGAAGACAGCUGAGGUGUAUUUAGAGGGUAUGUUAGUCAGGAUGAUAUCUAUGAGGGUACCCAUGUUGACGGAUUUAGGGUUGUACCUGGUAGGUUCGUUGAUAAUUUGCGUGAGGUUGAGGGCAUCUAGCUUGGAUUGUAGGAUGGCUGGGGUAUUAAGCAUAUCCCAAUUUAGGUCACCAAGCAGUACAAACUCUGAGGAUAAAUGGGGGGCAAUCAAUUCACAUAUGGUGUCCAGGGCACAGCUGGGGGCUGAGGGGGGUCUGUAGCAAGCGGCAACAGUGAGAGACUUAUUUCUGGAAAGGUGGAUUUUUAGAAGUAGAAGCUCAAACUGUUUGGGCACAGACCUGGAUAGUAUGAUAGAGAUAUGUAAUCUAAAUAAAAGUGCUGAAAACAUGUUGGCUCACUGUUUAAAAAGAAGAUGGAGAACGAGCUAUAGUAUGAAAAAUACCGGAAUUUUGGUGUAGGUACAGCCGACCAACGCUAUGUAGCAAAAAAGCGUUUUUAUUUUUUACAAAUCGAUACUUUGGGUCAGUUUAUAUAUCGAUUAUAAUAUUGUUCAAAAUUAAUAUUGCGAUAUGUAACUGUAUCGAUUCCCCCCCCCCCCCCCCCCCAUCACUAGUUAAUAAUAAAAGUAGAAUGACUGAUGGCGAGCAUUUCCUUAUAGUCUUGUCUAUUAUCACUGUCUGCCAUGCACAUUGUGACCACCAUAUGGGCUAAAGGAAGGAUAUAACUUCUGCAUCCACUUCCUGUUAAGGAAACAAAGCUACGUCUGCAGGAAACCAUCAGUCAUCAAAAAACAACAUCCCAUAUGAAGGAUGGUGGGAGGAUCAAAAUUAAUUGAAUCCAAAUGCCAACAAGAGUGAAUGUUUUUAUAUGGGUGGCACACUGGCAAAAUGCCUACUGCACACUGUACAAUAUCUCCUCAAGAGGAUCCACCAGGUCAAGGUUUCUGAUUUCAUGGUGCUGUAUUGUGGCUAUGCGCUGCUUUCUGUUGGGGGCUAUGGGAGACCGACACAAAGAAGCCUUUGAUGCUAAACUGUAAUUGAUUAAGCUCUUCCUGCAGUAGGAUGAGCUCUUCUGAUUGGAGCCUGCUCCCUGUGAGGCGUGAUGGGAAUCUAUCAUCUGUUGUUAUGGAAACCGAGCUAUACGCUAGCUAGACUGAGCUCUCGUGGAACUUUGUGGCCAGCUUAUACCAACAUUUAGCCUGCCAAAGGGAACAUUUGGGCAAUGUGAAUAAAGGCUGGCUAAGUAGGCUAAUAAGAAGGGCAGUGGAUGUUGAGUUUGUCAAAAUAACUAAUCUUCCUAGGUUCAUAGUUCAUACACACAAACUCAGCCAGCACCUCAUUUGAUCAGAUGCACAGAAAAGUAGACUACAAAGUCUGCCUCAAUUCUGACUGGGAGCCAGCUCUGCCAUCAGGCUUGGGACAGCUUAGCCGUGCUCUACCAUUUUGAGGCAGAGAUGGGGAUAAAUCUGACUUUAUGAGACAUUAGUGAGUCAAUGGCAAUGUCCUAUUAAGCUUUUAAUGUGUGCUCUGGCUGGAGUGGCUUCACAUCAACUGAGCCUCAGUUUGUGUAGUGAACGGUGGCCACACCAGUUUGUUUUUAGUGUAAUGUACACUCAUAAGAGAGGGUCUAAAGAUACAUUUGAAGUUUGUAAUAUUUGUAAUGAACAAAUACAUGUGAAGUAGUGCUGCUGAAAUGUUUAAAGUAGCUACUGAGAGGUCUGUCAUAAACUGUGUCACUAUCUAUCGCCUUUUGUACACUUAACUACAUGCCCUUAGUAACCCUGUUCUAGCAUCUGUCUGACAUCUCUCCCUGACUGUCUCUCCUUCUGAUGGCAGAUAUGUUCAGGCGAGUGGUACGAGCGAGUAAGUUCCGUCAUGUCUUUGGCCAGGCACUGAAGAACGACCAGUGCUAUGACGACAUCCGCGUCUCCCGGGUCACGUGGGACAGCUCCUUCUGUGCCGUCAACCCCAAAUUCGUCGCCAUCAUCAUCGAGGCCAGUGGGGGCGGAGCCUUCCUUGUCCUCCCUCUGCUAAAGGUGAGUGUGUCACUCAGCCAGCCAACUAGGCAUCGUCAUGGCUCCUCCUGUCUCAUCAGCUUGGAAUACUUCCUAUCACUGUUGGCCUAGAUCUCAGUAUUAGUUACAUUCAAUCGCUCCAUUCUGUUUCAGUGUGAUUGGAUUAUUUGUUAUUUCCUACGUUUUUGAUUACUGACAGAGCCUAUAUGCAAUCAUGAAAAUGAGACCACAAAAUUAGAUUACCAUGCUAUUUUACCACUCACUAACUGUAAGUCGCUCUGGAUAAGAGCGUCUGCUAAAUGACUAAAAUGUAAAUGUAAAUGUUACCAUGCUGGAUAUGUGUAUGUGCCAAUCAAUUCAAGAUCUUUUUAGCAGAAUGUGAGGGUGCACUGUAGUUUCACUGCAAAGGGGCUUGCCCACCUUUCGAACGACCACCAAUUUCGGGACAAUAGUGCUAUAUGCUGAAUGUUGUUUUAGAUAACAUUUCUAGGUGGUUUAAUUCUAGUGACAGAAAAGUGAAUAUGAAAGAAGCUCCCAAUGCCGGGGAUUGAUCAGUCUGACUAGAGAGCGGGUGUUGUGGGGGUGUAUAGGGGAGAUGUGUGAACAGCCACACAGCAAUUGUCUGUGUGUGUCUCCUCUCCUCUCCUCUAUUCAGUACCGAAGAGCUUGCCGCUGCUGUCAGCAGAUUUUACCGUAUAUGGCUGUCCAGCACUUUGCAUGUCAGGCUGCCCAUGGCUCUACGCUGACCUUUUUGAAAAAUGUAGGCGCACGCAAAUACAUUUUUUCUAGGCGCACUCAUGCUCCUACACGGAACAAAAAUAUAAACGCAACAUGUAAAGUGUUGGUCCCAUGUUUCAUGAGCUGAAAUAAAAGAUCCCCAAAAUGUUCCAUACGCACAAAAAUCUUAUUUCUCUCAAAUGUUGUGCACAAAUUUGUUUACGUCCCUGUUAGUGAGCAUUCCUCCUUAGCCAAGAUAAUCCAUCUACCUGACAGGUGUGGCAUAUGAAGAAGAUUAAACAGCAUGAUCAUUACACAGGUGCACCUUGUGUUUGGGACAAUAAAAAGCCAUUCUAAAAUGUGUUGUUUUGUUACACAUCACAAUGCCACAGAUGUCUCAAGUUUUGAGGGAGCGUGCAAUUGGCAUGCUUACUGCAAGUAUGUCCACCAGAGCUGUUGCCAGAGAAUUGAAUGUUCAUUUCUCUACCAAUGUCGUUUUAGAGAAUUUGGCAGUACGUCCAACUGGCCUCACAAUAGCAGACCACAUGUAACCACGCCAGCCCAGGACCUCCACAUCUGGCUUCUUCACCGGCGGGAUCGUCUGAGGGGGGGUGGGGGUGGUGCUGAAGAGUAUUUAUGUCUGUAAUAACACCCUUUUGUGGGGAAAAACAAAUUCUGAUUGGCUGGGCCUGGCUCCUCAGUGGGUGGACCUGGCUGCCAAGUGGGUGGGCCUAUGCCCUCCAAGGCCCACCCAUGGCUGCAACCCUGCCCAGUCAUGUGAAAUCCAUAGUUUAGGGCCUAAUGAAUUCAUUUCAAUUGACUGAUUUCCUUAUAUGAACUGUAACUCAGUAAAAUCUUUGAAAUUGUUGCAUGUUGCGUUUUAUAUUUUUGUUCAGUAACUCCCUGGCUUAGUUUUAUAUUUACAUGUACAUCUCCCUUUUAAUUUGUGUGUGUUCUCAAAUAUCUGUUGUAGUCCCUUAACCUCCAGUCGGUCCUGUCCAGUCCAGUAGCAGCAGCCUCACUAGCGGUAGCAGCAGCCUCUCUAGCGGUAGCAGCAGCCUCUCUAGCGGUAGCAGCAGCCUCUCUAGCGGUAGCAGCAGCCUCUCUAGCGGUAGCAGCAGCCUCUCUAGCGGUAGCAGCAGCCUCACUAGCGGUAGCAGCAGCCUCACUAGCGGUAGCAGCAGCCUCACUAGCGGUAGCAGCAGCCUCUCUAGCGGUAGCAGCAGCCUCACUAGCGGUAGCAGCAGCCUCACUAGCGGUAGCAGCAGCCUCACUAGCGGUAGCAGCAGCCUCACUAGCGGUAGCAGCAGCCUCACUAGCGGUAGCAGCAGCCUCUCUAGCGGUAGCAGCAGCCUCUCUAGCGGUAGCAGCAGCCUCUCUAGCGGUAGCAGCAGCCUCACUAGCGGUAGCAGCAGCCUCACUAGCGGUAGCAGCAGCCUCUCUAGCGGUAGCAGCAGCGCCUCACUAGCGGUACAGCAGCCUCACUAGCGGUAGCAGCAGCCUCUCUAGCGGUAGCAGCAGCCUCACUAGCGGUAGCAGCAGCCUCACUAGCGGUAGCAGCAGCCUCUCUAGCGGUAGCAGCAGCCUCUCUAGCGGUAGCAGCAGCCUCUCUAGCGGUAGCAGCAGCCUCUCUAGCGGUAGCAGCAGCCUCUCUAGCGGUAGCAGCAGCCUCACUAACGGUAGCAGCAGCCUCUCUACGGUAGCAGUCAGCCUCACUAGCGGUAGCAGCAGCCUCUCUAGCGGUAGCAGCAGCCUCUCUAGCGGUAGCAGCAGCCUCUCUAGCGGUAGCAGCACCUCUCUAGCGGUAGCAGCAGCCUCUCUAGCGGUAGCAGCAGCCUCUCUAGCGGUAGCAGCAGCCUCACUAGCGGUAACAGCAGCCUAUCAAACUGCAUUUUACAUUUUUUACAUUUUAGUCAUUUAGCAGACGCUCUUAUCCAGAGCGACUUACAGUUAGUGAAUACAUAUAUAUAUAUAUUUUAUACUGGGAAACGAACCCACAACCCUGGCGUUGCAAACACCAUGCUCUAUCAACUGAGCUACAUCCCUGCCGGCCAUUCCCUCCCCUACCCUGGACGACGCUGGGCCAAUUGUGCGCCGCCCAUGAGUCUCCCGGUCGCGGCCGGCUGCGACAGAGCCUGGAUACGAACCAGGAUCUCUAGUGGGACAGUUAGCACUGCGAUGCAGUGCAUUAGACCACUGCGCCACUCAGGAGAUAACUGACUGCAUUGGAAUUUACUGUUACAUAUGUCUUGUUCUAGAACUGACCGCAUUCCCCCUGGGGGAGAGGCCUGUGUAUGGGGAGUCUAAUUAGUGAACUUACUCGGUCAACAAACCCAAACUAUCCCUCCCUCCCUUGAUCUGUAUUGUUACCCCUCCUCCUGGCAAGUUGUUACCGUGACAACAAAAGUAAUGUCAGAUGGGGAGAGCAUGUUAGGCCCCAGGAGGUCAGACCAGUGAUUAGAUUUCUUCUCACAUCCAGCAUCUCAUAACUGAGUUUUGAGCCUGAUAUUUCUAUCUUUUAUUAAUAGCUGGUCGAGAGAAACACUGAGAAAAAGUCAGCAUCAGCAUAGCUGCAGACUUAACGAACCAUUAACUACAAUACAUACAUACCUCAUUCAUACAGUAAUGUAUAAGCUAUCUCUAUCCCUUAGCCAAGUACAGAUGCCAUAGCUCUGACUCUGGGGGGCGGACUGAUUUCUUUAUCAGGAUGGGAGAGAAAAAAUGCUGAGGUCAGCAACAGCCUAGCCAGGGACCGGGCUAGUCACAAAGCCCUUUCGUGACGUCAGGCUUCAGAUCAGUCCUGUGAUGUGUACUGUCAGUGUCAGCUUGGAUUAACCCACAGACAGUGGAGCAAAGAGAAAGAAGUGGGUCCUUCUCCUCUCAUCACUCAUUGAUCCAGUGGACAGCAGAGGUCAAAUGCUGACCCCCAGGUUCCUGAUGUCACCUCUGAUUGGAUGUAAAUCUUUUUUUUUAGGGGGUAGAUCAUCUUUAGUAUUGCAGAUAGAUUGUGGCUUCCAUCAAUGUAGUUGUUUGCAUCAUUUCCAGUCCAUCAUAUUUGUAAAAAUAUAUUUUUGGUAUAUUUUAUUUGAUAAUUUUCCACCUAACCCUACCUCCCCUCCCCUAAUUGGAGUAAACUAAUGGACAACAAUACUUAGGCUUCUACUUCCAGUUUAUACAUACUAAACUCAGCAAAAAAAGAAACGUCCUCUCACUGUCACCUGCGUUUAUUUUCAGCAAACUUAACAUGUGUAAAUAUUUGUAUGAACAUAACAAGAUUCAACAACUGAGACAUAAACUGAACAAGUUCCACAAACAUGUGUCUAACAGAAAUUGAAUAAUGUGUCCCUGAACAAAGGGGGGGUCAAAAUCAAAAGUAACAGUCAGUAUCUGGUGUGGCCACCAGCUGCAUUAAGUACUGCAGUGCAUCUCCUCCUCAUGGACUGCACCAGAUUUGCCAGUUCUUGCUGUGAGAUGUUACCCCACUCUUCCACCAAGGCACCUGCAAGUUCCCUGACAUUUCUGGGGGGAAUGGCCCUAGCCCUCACCCUCCGUUCCAACAGGUCCCAGACGUGCUCAAUGGGAUUGAGAUCCGGGCUCUUCGCUGGCCAUGGUAGAACAUUGACAUUAAUGUCUUGCAGGAAAUCACGCACAGAAUGAGCAGUAUGGCUGGUGGCAUUGUCAUGCUGGAGGGUCAUGUCAGGCUGAGCCUGCAGGAAGGGUACCACAUGAGGGAGGAGGAUGUCUUCCCUGUAACGCACAGUGUUGAGAUUGCCUGCAAUGACAACAAGCUCAGUCCGAUGAUGCUGUGACACACCGCCCCAGACCAUGACAGACCCUCCACCUCCAAAUCGAUCCCGCUCCAGAGUACAGGCCUCGGUGUAACACUCAUUCCUUCGACGAUAAACGUGAAUCCGACCAUCACCCCUGGUGAGACAAAACUGUGACUCAUCAGUGAAGAGCACUUUUUGCCAGUCCUGUCUGGUCCAGCGACGGUGGGUUUGUACCCAUAGGCGACAUUGUUGCCGGUGAUGUCUGGUGAGGACCUGCGUUACAACAGGCCUACAUGCAAUCUCUCAGCCUAUUGCGGGCAGUCUGAGCACUGAUGGAGGGAUUGUGCGUUCCUGGUGUAACUCGGGCAGUUGUUGUUGCCAUCCUGUACCUGUCCCGCAGGUGUGAUGUUCAGAUGUACAGAUCCUGUGCAGGUGUUGUUACACGUGGUCUGCCACUGCAAGGACGAUCAGCUGUCCGUCCUGUCUCCCUGUAGCGCUGUCUUCGGCAUCUCACAGUACGGACAUUGCAAUUUAUUGCCCAGGCCACAUCUUCAGUCCUCAUGCCUCCUUGCAGCAUGACUAAGGCACGUUCACGCAGAUGAGCAGGGACCCUGGGCAUCUUUCUUUUGGUGUUUUACAGAGUCAGUAGAAAGGCCUCUUUAGUAUCCUAAGUUUUCAUAACUGUGACCUUAAUUGCCUACCGUCUGUAAGCUGUUAGUGUCUUAACGACCGUUCCACAGGUGCAUGUUCAUUAAUUGUUUAUGGUUCAUUGAACAAGCAUGGGAAACAGUGAUUAGACCCUUUACAAUGAAGAUCUGUGAAGUUAUUAGGAUUUUUACAAAUUAUCUUUGAAAGACAGGGUCCUGAAAAAGGGACGUUUCUUUUUUUGCUGAGUUUAUAUACAUUUCAUGGACAUGGGACAUUUUACAAUAGUUAUCUCUUUUUUUAUUUUUUUAUUUUUUUAUCCCACCCUUCAGCUACCCUCAACCCCUCACAUCUAUCUCUAAAAACCAUCCAGUCUUUUGCUGUGAUGUUUCACAAAAGUUCUGAACCGUUCUAUUCUCAUAGUUUACACAGAUUCUAAAUUUAAGAUUAACAACUUUACUAAAAGUACUAUAAUAUUAUUGAUCAACUGACCAUGGCUUUUCAAAUCACCCAGCAAUGCUAUUUGCAAAGAUACUGUAGCUUUAAGUAAAUUAUGUGAUUAUUUUUUUUAAGCCAUUCCUUAACCUGCAACCAAAAACAAGCUUCAUAUGGGCAGUACCAAAACAAAUGAUCUAAUGAUUCUGUCUCUUCGCAGCAAAAUCUGCAGAGCUGGGAUGGUUGUAUCCCCCUUAUACAUUCUAUUGAUCAACUCUAUGUGAAGGAGAUGUGUCGCGCUGCAUGAGGCAAAUGGUGAAGCUGGUUGAGAGAAAGCCAAUCGUGUGCAAAGCUGUCAUCGAGGCAAAGGGUGGCUAUUUGAAGAAUCUCAAAUAUAAAAUAUUUUGAUUUGUUGAACACUUUUUUUGGUUACUACAUGAUUCCAUAUGUGUUAUUUCAUAGUUUUGAUGUCUUCACUAUUAUUCUACAAUGUAGAAAAUAAAGAAAAACCCUUGAAUGAGUAGGUGUGUCCAAACCUUUGACUGGUACUGUAAGUAUAACUUUUCAAUGCCUUAAUAUUUAAUAAUUGUCAUUGUAUAUGAAUGGUCUUUUUUAGGAAUGUUAGCCUGCGGAGUUUGUAAAUGACCACGUACACUGAGUGUACAAAACAUUAGGAACACCUACUCUUUCCAUGACAUAGACCGACCAGGUGAAUCCAGAUGAAAGCUAUGAUCCCUAAUUGAUGUCACUUGUUAAAUCCACUUCAAUCAGUGUAGAUGAAGGGGAGGAGACUAGUUAAAGAAGGAUAUUUUAAGCCUUGAGACAGUUGAGACAUGGAUUGUGUAUGUGUGCCAUUCAGAGGGUGAAUGGGCAAGACAAAAAGACUUUGAACAGGGUAUGGUAGCAGGUGCCAGGCGCACCGGUUUGUGUCAAGAACUCCAACGCUGCUGGGUUUUUUCACGCUCAACAGUUUGCUGUGUGUAUGAAGAAUGGUCCACCACCCAAAGGACAUCCAGCCAACUUGACACAACUGUGGGAAGCAUUGGUGUCAACAUGGGCCAGCAUCCCUGUGGAACGCUUUCGACACCUUGUAGAGUCCAUGCCCCGAUUAAUUGAAGCUGUUCUGAACUCAAUAUUAGGAAGGUGUUCCUAAUAUUUUGUACACUCAAGGUAUAAUCCUGCCUUGGGGUUUUGAUUAUCGUAAAGAAUAUGAAUGAAAGUGCUGAAAGAAAGUAAUAGUUAAGACAUGCCAGGCAUGUACAUGAACAAUGCCAGGCAUGUAAAUGAUCUAUAUUGUGUCACAGAGAGUACAUUCUGUCCCCAGUAUUCAUUCAGUGGUGCACCGCUGCUACUAAAGUGUUGCCGCCACACCCAACAGUUUUGGGGAUGGUAAAAACGCUUUCAGUGGAAACUUCAUUGACUAAAACCAGACAAAGUUUGUAGAAAAGAUCAUUGACUUAUAUAUUUUUUUAUAAUGUAAUCUUUGAGAACACGAAAUCACCAAAUUAUAACCAACAAUUAUGAAACCAAUCAAAUCAAACAAUGAAUUUAGGACUGUAUUACCGACCAGUCACGAAGGGCACAAGCCCAGGGGCCCCGAUUGGGGUCCCCAUUGAUUUUGUUAUAAUGUUUGAGCAUAAGAACAUAAAAUUGGCCAUGGCCUCCGCGACCCCCUCCCCUUUCCGCGACCUUUGCCACCACUGCUAAAAAAGUUAUUUAGGGAAACACUCGAGUAGUGUGUGUAUAUAUAGAUGUCCUUUAACCUAACGUUGUAUUUGUAUUCCUUCACAAGCCAACUCUUGGUCUUUGCCAGUAGGACUAGGGGCUCGGGGCUCACAGUUCACCGUUUCUCCCGUCAUACUGAACCUCCUCUUUCUCUCUCCAGACGGGUCGCAUAGACAAGGCCUACCCAACAGUAUGUGGUCAUACAGGUCCUGUCCUGGACAUAGACUGGUGCCCUCACAAUGACCACGUCAUCGCCAGCGGCUCAGAGGACUGCACAGUCAUGGUACGUACAGCUAGUUUUCACUGCUUACAUCUUUAAAAUGGUGACACUAUGUUCAAGAUGUCUUGGCCCAAGUAUGAAUACCUACCUACUACACAUGUUUAGACUCUGUAUGUGCAUCUUACCUAAUAAAGGAAAGCUCUUUACCCCAUAGAUAUUUUGCAAUGAACUCUGUGACAUCUCUAAAUAGGCCCAGUGUCGUCCAGGGUAGGGGAGGGAAUGGCCGGCAGGGAUGUAGCUCAGUUGGUAGAGCAUGGCGUUUGCAACGCCAGGGUUGUGGGUUUGAUUCCCACGGGGGGCCAGUAUGAAACAUUUAAAAAAUGAUGAAUGCACUCACUAACUGUAAGUCGCUCUGGAUAAGAGCGUCUGCUAAAUGACUAAAAUGUAAUGUAAAAUGUAAAGAAGACUAUGAGAUCGACGUGGGAUCAAUAGCCCUGUCUGUCUGUCAGUGUGCUGCACAUGCUAGUGCUGCAGCCUCAGCCUCCCUGGUGUGCUCUAUACACAAAGCAUGUGUCAUAGCGUAAUCCGAUCCACAGCCAUAAGUGGAUGGUGGGGCGUUGAGGUCAUCCUGUCAGAAUGUCUUGUGUCCUUAUUUGGUCUUAGACAAAUUAAAUAAUGUCUGGAGCAAGAGGUUGACAAGUCCACAGAGAGGUCCAUACAAUAUUUGAUCUAAAUGUAGUUUAUAUGAUACGAUAGACCUUAAAGAUGGAAUACUAAAACAUUUUAGAAAGGUCUGCUCACUGAAACAUAUGUUAUGCAGGUGAAAUAUGAAAUGUUAUGCAGAACUUAUUCCUUUCACAUCCUUGUUUCUGCCCCCAUCAGCUCUCUGCUGCCACCCUUAGACUAAACACUGUUAGUACAUACUGCUAACAUUAGACAAGCACAUCCAUAGUGUACUGACAUCUAGCUAAGGUUGAUUGUCUCAAGGGGUUGAGGAGAAUUUAACUCUAGUAUGUUUGUGUCCAUAGUUAUAAAUGAGAAAAUGGCUAUAAAUGAGUAGAAGGCAAUGGUAUCAUGACUAACUUCAUCUCUCGCUGUCUCCAGGUGUGGCAGAUCCCAGAGAAUGGGCUGGUCACCCCGCUGGCUGAGCCUGUGGUGGUGUUGGAGGGACACUCCAAGAGGGUGGGCAUCGUCACCUGGCACCCCACGGCCCGGAACGUCCUCAUGAGUGCAGGUAGAUACAGGUUUAAUACACUGCUCUCACAAACAAAUACACAGUUACAUUUUCAGUGACAUUAGAUUGUCUGCAGGAGUAUGCCACUUUCAGGAUGGAGUUCAUUUGUCACAACAGCUCUGAGAAUAGGCAUUGUAUAUAUUUUCCACUCUACUGUGGGACUGCACUCUGCUACCAGGCAGUGGUAUGUGGAUUUUGACUGUUGUUUAUAUGGGUCUGUCCCACAAGGCUGUGACAACCUGAUCAUCAUCUGGAACGUGGGGACGGGCGAGGCCAUGAUCCAGCUGGAAGACAUGCACCCUGACGUCAUCUUCAGCGCCUGCUGGAGCCGCAAUGGAGCCCUCAUCUGCACCGCCUGCAAGGACAAGAAUAUCCGUGUCAUUGACCCCCGCAAGGAGAAGAUCGUGGCUGUGAGUGGGCUGGGGACUCUGGGGGAGAUAUGUUGGCUGGAUAUGCACUCUUACUGUAGCACUCUCACACACACACACACACACCCUCCUACCAACACAUGUCAUUGGUGCUGAAACAUGCGAUCCUCUCUGACAGAUGUGUUGUGUUUCAGGAGAAGGACAAGGCCCACGAUGGAGCACGGCCCAUGAGAGCCAUCUUUCUGGCUGACGGAAACAUCUUCACCACCGGCUUCAGCCGCAUGAGCGAACGGCAGCUAGCCCUCUGGAACCCUGUACGUCACCUCCAACCGGACACACACGGAAAUCUGUCAAUGUGCCCUUGAGCGAGUCACUUAACCCUAAUUGCUCCAGGGUCGCCAUUGAUAAUGGCAGACCCUCGCUGUGACCCCACUCUCUGAGGGUGUCUCCGGGAGAGUUGGGAUAUGCAAAAAAAACACAUUUAAAAUUCACACGAGUAAAAUAGGACAUAUAUAAGAACCCACCAAAUUAUUAUUUAUUAUACACAUACAGACAGACAGACGUUCAUGCACUCAUAGAUGCACAUAUCCUUAUCUAACCACAUGAAAUGUAUUUUUUGUUUUGACAGAAAAGCAUGGAGGAGCCAAUAUCAGUCCACGAGCUGGACACCAGUAAUGGAGUGUUGUUGCCCUUCUACGACGCAGACACCAACGUAGUGUACCUUUGUGGGAAGGUGAGGAUGAUAUACAGUGGGGGAAAAAAGUAUUUAGUCAGCCACCAAUUGUGCAAGUUCUCCCACUUAAAAAGAUGAGAGAGGCCUGUAAUUUUCAUCAUAGGUACACGUCAACUAUGACAGACAAAAUGAGAGAAAAAAAUCCAGAAAAUCACAUUGUAGGAUUUUUUAUGAAUUUAUUUGCAAAUUAUGGUGGAAAAUAAGUAUUUGGUCAAUAACAAAAGUUUCUCAAUACUUUGUUAUAUACCCUUUGUUGGCAAUGACACAGGUCAAACGUUUUCUGUAAGUCUUCACAAGGUUUUCACACACUGUUGCUGGUAUUUUGGCCCAUUCCUCCAUGCAGAUCUCCUCUAGAGCAGUGAUGUUUUGUGGCUGUCGCUGGGCAACACAGACUUUCAACUCCCUCCAAAGAUUUUCUAUGGGGUUGAGAUCUGGAGACUGGCUAGGCCACUCCAGGACCUUGAAAUGCUUCUUACGAAGCCAUUCCUUCGUUGCCCGGGCGGUGUGUUUGGGAUCAUUGUCAUGCUGAAAGACCCAGCCACGUUUCAUCUUCAAUGCCCUUGCUGAUGGAAGGAGGUUUUCACUCAAAAUCUCACGAUACAUGGCCCCAUUCAUUCUUUCCUUUACACGGAUCAGUCGUCCUGGUCCCUUUGCAGAAAAACAGCCCCAAAGCAUGAUGUUUCCACCCCCAUGCUUCACAGUAGGUAUGGUGUUCUUUGGAUGCAACUCAGCAUUCUUUGUCCUCCAAACACGACGAGUUGAGUUUUUACUAAAAAGUUAUAUUUUGGUUUCAUCUGACCAUCCAAAUGCACUCUAGCAAACUUCAGACGAGCCUGGACAUGUACUGGCUUAAGCAGGGGGACACGUCUUGCACUGCAGGAUUUGAGUCCCUGGCGGCGUAGGCUUUGUUACUUUGGUCCCAGCUCUCUGCAGGUCAUUCACUAGGUCCCCCCGUGUGGUUCUGGGAUUUUUGCUCACCGUUCUUGUGAUCAUUUUGACCCCACGGGGUGAGAUCUUGCGUGGAGCCCCAGAUCGAGGGAGAUUAUCAGUGGUCUUGUAUGUCUUCCAUUUCCUAAUAAUUGCUCCCACAGUUGAUUUCUUCAAACCAAGCUGCUUACCUAUUGCAGAUUCAGUCUUCCCAGCCUGGUGCAGGUCUACAAUGUUGUUUCUGGUGUCCUUUGACAGCUCUUUGGUCUUGGCCAUAGUGGAGUUUGGAGUGUGACUGUUUGAGGUUGUGGACAGGUGUCUUUUAUACUGAUAACAAGUUCAAACAGGUGCCAUUAAUACAGGUAACGAGUGGAGGACAGAGGAGCCUCUUAAAGGUCUGUGAGAGCCAGAAAUCUUGCUUGUUUGUAGGUGACCAAAUACUUAUUUUCCACCAUCAUUUGCAAAUAAAUUCAUUAAAAAUCCUACAAUGUGAUUUUAUGGAUUUUUUCCCCCUCAAUUUGUCUGUCAUAGUGUACCUAUGAUGAAAAUUACAGGCCUCUCAUCUUUUUAAAUGGGAGAACUUGCAAAAUUGGUGGCUGACUAAAUACUUUUUUUCCCCACUGUACUUGUUAGAGAUGCAUUGUAUUUCCUAAGUCCCUGUCUUAUCCCCCAAACCCAAUAUUGUCUCCCAUCUGGAUGGAGGAUUAGUGACUUCGAUCUUUCUGGGUGGAUUUCACAGGUUUUAACAGUAACCUCUCCUCUGUUCAGGGUGACAGUAGUAUCCGGUACUUUGAGAUCACGGACGAGGCUCCAUUCGUGCACUACCUCAACACCUUCUCCAGCAAGGAGCCCCAGAGAGGUGUGGGCUACAUGCCCAAACGAGGACUGGACGUCAACAAGUGCGAGAUUGCCAGGUAACAACCGUACACUCGGUGUGAUAGCUUUGAGAACUUCUCCUUUUGUCCACUAGAGGGAGGACAUGUUGCAGUAUUUGAGAGAACAGUCCCAAUGCCUUUGAUUCUGCGGCUGUACAUCCUCAUCAUGUUUUGUCUAUUUUACUUGCAGGUUUUAUAAACUGCAUGAGAGAAAGUGUGAGCCAAUCAUCAUGACAGUCCCCCGAAAGGUUUGUGUCUUUUACUCUUUGAAUAUUAUUUGACAUUGAUGCUGUAGAAAAGAGUGCAAUUGUUGUCUAAAUCCGGCAAUAUUAAAGAAUAGAUUACCACCACUGACUACAGUACAAUCCUAACUGAUACCAUUCUAUCCAUCUAUCCAUCCAUCCCACACAUUCAGUCAGACCUGUUCCAGGAUGACCUGUACCCGGACACAGCAGGACCAGACUGUGCUAUCGAGGCGGAGGACUGGUUUGAUGGGAAGAACGGCGAGCCCAUCCUGAUCUCCCUGAAAAACGGCUAUGUCCCCGGCAAGAACCGCGACCUCAAGGUGGUCAAGAAGUCCAAUGUCCUGGAGGGCAAGCCAGCCAAGAAAGCAGCAAAUACCUCGCCUGCCCAGAGCAAGGCCUCUCCACAUCCAUCUAUAGUGAGUAGGACUGGACACUUUCAGUAACAACUGUCAAGAUAUAUUAAGACAAUAUAGUGAAUAAAACUGUACUUUUAACACAGCCAAUAGACAAGAUGUGUUAAAAUAAACCAAGAAAAUCAGCUACAGGAACACAGUGAAUAGAUUUGAUUCUCAACAAUUUGAUAUCAGAACAGUACUGGAACAUUUUCUGCUAUGGCAUUUUAGCCACCAGAUGGUUUGUGAAACAAUGUAUCUUGUCAUUAUUUAACUGGAAGUUCUUUCUAUGCUUUAUUGCAGCAAAAUGAAGGGAAACUGGAGGAGCUACUGCAAGAGGUCAAGUCGCUCAGGGACCUCGUCACCCUACAGGACCGUCGAAUUGCCAAACUGGAGGACCAGAUGUCCAAGGUCGCCAUCUAAGACUCAGCCCCCCGCUCAGGACCAUUCAUUGAUUGGGAGAUAAAGUGAACAGGGCCAGUUACUGCCAAAAUAUGAGAAUUCGGCUUCAUCAUUCCGCUUGGCAUCUUCCCAGCGACGAUCCCCAAGCACACAUUCCAAGAUUAACUUUGUUUUUUUAUCAUCAUGUGUACCCCUCACACUUUCCUCUAAAAUACUUAGAGAAAAAACUGUUGCAAUUCAUAGUCUACCUUUUUACUGGGGAUGAAAUGCAUUUAAAUAACUGCCAUUGUUUUGGUUGACGGAAAAGUCUUACCAUUUUGUUAUUGUUUUAAGUUGUGGUCAAGAAUAUUCUGAUGUGAAGUUUGUACUUACUGCGAUACUCUCAACCAUAGUAUGUAGCCACCAGUAUUGCCAUAUUCCCUUGAUUUUUGUGCUGCCAAAUUUUAAUGGUGUGUGUGGGUGGUUGUCAUUUAUUUUGUGUCUUUUCUCCUGUUUUGCAUUCCAGUUACAGACUAUAGGGUAAUAUAAUGAUUUAGUCAAAGAGAAGGAUUAUCUUCGAACCAACGUAAUCUGUUACACUGUUGCAAAAGGAAGAGAAAGAAAUCAGAGUUUUUCCACCACGCCAGCUGCUCGUAUUAAGCAUCAGGUCACUGAAUGUGAAGGAAGUCCUCCUGACGAUACUGUUAGCUCUUCUGGGUGUAGAUUUUAACAGUGGGGGUAUCGGGAGGCAGUGGCGUAAACUGCAGCUCUCGCUGGUGUAAAUGUAGUGGUGCCUCUGUCACGCUGUGGAUGGUAUUAUGGGUCAACCUGAUGUCCCCCUCUCUGGUGCAUUUUGUGGCAUUGGAAAGGGACCACUCUCUCAGCAUUUCUUUCACUCGACCAUCUAGUUUAUAUAGUUCGGUGCAUGCAAUAAAGAUUUUACACAUGGAAAUGUCUUCUCCACAAUAAAUCCCUUAAAUUCUUUCUUUGCACUAACUUCUCUUUCUGCCUUUUUCACCUCUGUCCGUCUUCCUGGCUUGAAUGAAAUUAGCCACACACUGAAGCAGGCAGAGCAAUGCACAGUCUGAUGCUAGACAGAUCUCAAGUGGAUUUUAGAAACAAUUAUGUGAAUAU